GGCGGCGCUAAGGGCAGCGGAGGGGGGCCGAAGGUACCGCGGCGGCGCUGGGCGCGCGAGGAGGGACGGUGGCUGGGGCGGGCAGGCAGGCAGGCAGGUCAAGUUCCCGCCGGGCGGUGCGCUCUGGCUCCGCGUCGGGACUCCCUCGCCGCCUCAGUCCUGGGAGAAGGAGACACGGCGCGGAGGGAGCUUCUGUUUUUGCAGGUGGGGCGGACGGGCGCGCCGACCGAGAGCGCCCUUGCCUCGCGCGCACGCCGAAAUGAGGUGAGCGGCUGCGCUUCGUUUGGGUGGGGCGCUUGGCGGGAAAGCGCCGCGGGGACCGUGCGCUCGCUUGGGACCUCCGUGGCGCAGGCAGGGAGUUCCGCGCUCUCCUCUCGUACCUGUGGAAAAGAAGAGAAAAGUUUUGCCUUAGUUGAGUUGGCCGCUCUUCGCAACUCCGCGCCGCCGUCGCCACCUCGGUGGGGAGGUCGCAGGAGCCGGGCGGGAAAGAACAUACAAAGCCCGCGAGAAUGCUAAGAGAAGGGGGCGGUGGGAACGGGGCCAGGGGCUCUGCAUGGAAGCUGAGGAGAAAGGCGUGGGAAUUCCAGCAGAGCCCGGGAGGUGAAAGAGCGCGGCGGCCUUUCUUUUCUUUUUUAGAAAAAAGGUGUGAUCUCUUUCAUCUCGGAAGUCUUCAAAAAGAUCACAGCGCGCGAGGAAAUCCUCAUGCCAAUAGCCCCUGACAAUCCAGUUGAGGGGACUUACCUUAAGUGGCUCAUAACUCCCUCCUCGCCUCCGGUGGCGGGUACUUAGUUGAGGGUUCACUUUUGAGGAGGACAACUCCGUGCAUGGAAACAAGCCUCGCGGCAUUUAAUGGGCUUUCUUUCCUCUUCCAUAUAUGCACUCGGAGGAAAGAAAGCCCAUUACAUGCUGUGAGGCUUAUUUCCAAGCAAACAUGCACUCAGGAUUUCUGCCCGGGGCUCAGUGUGGGGACUUGCUUCUUAGUAAACGGGCUGCACGGGGACUGUGCUUCUUAGCUGCUGCAACCUUUAAAAAAACCCCAGCACAUUAGUUUUGGUGUGAGUUUUCAAAGGCGAGCACUUGCUUCGCCAAAUGCAUCAGUAGGAGUUGGAUUGCAGAAGUUCCUCCUGUAUUCAGUGUGAUAAGUGUCACUACACUUCCUUGUUUUCUUAUCAGGCUUGAGAUCAGGCUUUUGACCUGAACUUGAGGCAGGAACUAAGGAACUCUGCCACUCCGUUUUCAUUUUGACUUCUGCUGUUUGGCUAUAGGAGCCUCAUUUGCAGUGUCUGGAAAGCCUUUUAAAGACCCGGAGGAGUUUUGGAGGUAGUUUCUGAUGUUCAUGGUGGUCUGCUGCUCUUUUAUUUAUUUUUUAAAAAAAACAUUUUAAGUGUGUCUUUGGACCCCAGCCCUAGUUUUUAAGUAGCUCCACCCUCCUUUCCCCCCAGUCAUCAAUUCAUGACCUGGAUUUGCCUCCAGCUGCUGGGUUAUUUUCACAUGUGUUAAAUGGGUUGAUGGUUAGGAAUGCUGAGUGAUGGAAUAGUUUUGCUUGUUUCACCAUGUGCCCAGGCCCUGGUUUGUUUGUUUUUUUCCUUGUGCAGACUCCCUCCUUGCACCUUACCCCAAGAUGCACCUAUGGGCCAUAGGUGCAUGUUGAAAAAAGUGAAACGGAUUGCAUGCCUGCUGUAAUCUCACUCUGCCUUCAGAACUUCAUAAAAUACCAUUCAGAGUGCUGUAAUUGCAGGAAAUAUUCUUUGGAGGGCUUUGCAUGUAGGAAAGAUGGAGAAUUCUUUAUCUGUAUAAUUGAUGAAAACUUGUGUGUGACAUCAACAGAAGUUGGUCCAACAAAAACAAUAACUUUACCUGUUUUAUUUCUCUUUCUAGAACCACCGUGGCAGCAACCACCUAUACUAAAUUAUUCUUGGCAAGCGUUCUAGUUCUGUAAUUGAAUAGUUCCUCUGCUUUGUUGUUCAACAGCUAAUGUACAUGUAGGAUAAGAAACUCACUACUCUGCAGGUUUUUAAAAUUAAGCUGGACCUUGCACUUGCUUUAAAUGCUUCCAUCUCUUUAACUUUCACCACAUUGCCAGCCAAAUGGUGCCUGGGUUGCUCAAACAAACCAUGGUUAAGGAAGGGUGCUGGGUUCAGACAUAAUGCUGUGCCGUAGUUAAAACAAACCAAUAUUUCUAAGCCAACAGCAAACCAUUGCUUCCGAUUGUGGUUUGUUGGUAGUAAACAAAUCACAUUUAAGAUGUUAGGUAGGGUUCAUACCUAAUUGUAAUAGUUUUGUGUUAUGUGCGUAUCAGGCUAUUGAAGGAUUGAAGUUUUACUAGCUUCUGUUUUCUUGUUAAAAAGGGCCGUCUGCAUUCCUCUCCCAGUAUUGGGUUGACCAUCGCCCUUGGUUAUGGAUGGCCCAAAUGAAGUGGACUUUUCCAACAACAACAUUGCACCAUUGUGGAGGAGGAGGUCAGCCCACCAGACCCAUUUGCACACAAAGAACAAACCCAGGCCUCAGUCUUAUCAGAGCUCAACUGGCGUUCUCUUCACAGAUUUCCCCGUGGAAGACAAGGAUACGUUUACUUUAACUCAGCCUGAUGAAACUAUAAUUACUUCUCUGGACAGCAGAUCCAUUCAAAGGAGCCCUUUGCUUUUCAGCUGCGGCCUUGGUUCUGUGCCAAAUGGAAAGGUUCGGUUUCCGGAGCAUAAGGCUCUCUCCCUUAGGCUUUCUGACCAGUCACCCCAAGUCCUGAAAAUGGUUUCAAAUAAUUCUAUAAAUUUUACAGCCAGUGGUCCUAUAAAUUCAGCAAGCAGCAAGCUAGCUCACCAAGGGAGGAUUUCCAAUCGAGAAGCACUUUGUCCAGAGAAGGAACAAAUUGUUUUCUCAUCAAGCCUUGGAUUGUCGCCUACGGAAAUCGUGCAUUCGCCAAAUAACAACACAUCCACCGCCUCAGCAUUGCAACCCAGCCAGCUUCCUAAAAGCUCAGAGAAGGCAUCUGUUUGCCUGUCUGCUCCCUUGGAACAGCAGCAUCUGCCUCUCCAAAGACUGCCGUCAAAUCAGAAUGAGCUUGCAGAAACGCCGCCCGUGGUUCUGAGUACGCACAGUCCUGCUGCGUUGAAAGUGGGGAAGCAGCAGAUCAUCCCCAAGAGUUUGGCUACUGAAAUAAAAGUAACCAACAAAGCUAAUAGCCAGAAUGUGGAACCAAGCGGGAGGGUUCUCAAGGUCCGUAGCAUGGUGGAGACCCUUGGGUUGCCUUUGGUAGCUGGUGGAGGCGAAGAAGCAGAAGCGGAUGUGGACAGCCCAGGGAUGCUGAAACGUAGUUUGAGGUCUACUUCCUAUCGGCGGGCUGUUGUGAGUGGCAUUGACUUUGACAGCAGUGCCAGUUUUAAGACAAAAAACAGAAUGUCCCAGCCAGUUCUGAAGGUGGUUGUGGAAGAUAAGGAGAAAUUCUCUAGCUUAGGAAGAAUAAAGGUAAGGAAAUUGAUGAAACUUGCUUUGUUAAUGAGUUGCAAUGAUAUGUAGGUUUUAAAAAUGGGAAAAAAUGUGUUUUAUUUGUACGCAAAAUUUGCAUCUUUGCUACCCUUCAAGCAGUUUAAAGUAGUGUGUUAACGUCAUACCAACCCUGUGAUAUAGGUGAGAGAUCGCGACUUGCUCAUGGUAAAUUCAGUGGUAAUCCAUCCUAUAGUCUGCAUUGAUGUUUAGUGUGUUGGACACACCAUCAAGCAUGAAGGGAAGAUGCAAGUCUGCAGACAGAAAUUAUGGGUUGUAUCCAACUAAGUUCUGUUUGGAAAUUAAUGGACCUAGGUUGGUCAUUGAUUUCAGUGGGUCUACUCUGAAUAAAAGUAAUAUUGGAUGCAAUCUGACGUUUCCACAGGAAACGGACAUACUUCAGGUGUAGAGCAUGUGUGAAGGUCCUGUUUUCUGUCAAUGGUAUUUCUAGGUAGGGCUGGGAAAAAUUCUUUGAAAGCAGCUUCCGGUCCUUACCAAAAAUACUAAGCAAAGUGGCCCAGUGAUCUCACUGUAUAAGGCAGCUUAGUGUUAAGUUGGAGCAGGUUAUCAGGUUUGUAUCCCUCUAUGAGCUAUAUUGGCUCAUUGGUACGGUGGAGAAUAUUGGCAGGUGCAGCUCUCUCUGGACAGAAUAAUUGCCCUCUCCUUCCCACACAUGAACGAAUGACUGAUCCAUGCUGGAAGCAGAAUGGGAGAUUAAACCGCUCCAUAGAAGGGUUUAUUGAAUUCUAAAGGAAAGUUGGAGGCUUUGUGGCAAGGAGGGGUAGUGUGUUCUCCAGGGUCAGCUCUGUAUUGUGACUCGUGUGUUUUGCUGCUGCGUGUGUCCAAAAACUUACCAGCUGCCUUCAGUUUAUCGGCACCAGCUGGGAAACAAAUGGGCACUUCCUUUUCUUCCUGCAUAGUCUUCUCCAUCCAGCACUUGAAUGUUGUGGUUCUCAACUUUGCAGCGAUGAUAGGAACAGAAAGCAAACAGAACUUAAACAUGAAUGCCAUCUUCUUAGAGUGCGGGAGAUUUUUUGUAACAUUUUUAUCCUCUUUUGAGCUGUAGUGUAAUUGCAGCAUCAGUACCUAUUCUGUCAAGCCAAGGAAGUUCUUUGACGUAAAAUGACCAGGCUUCCUCAACCUCGGCCCUCCAGAUGUUUUUGGCCUACAACUGCCAUGAUCCCUAGCUAGCAGGACCAGUGGUCAGGGAUGAUGGGAAUUGUAGUCUCAAAACAUCUGGAGGGCCAAGGCUGUAAUAUGACCCUUUGAAAUUAUUUCUUAAAGGGGCGCAUUAAGAUGUGCUGCUUCAUUUGUGAAGUUGGUGGGAAGCUCCUGCCUAAGAAACCCAUUGUGACUUACUUUUCAUACACAGGUUGACGAAUCUUGGCUGGCUUUAGUUAUUCAAUUGAAAACUGGUUGUCACCCGGAACCCCUUCUGCUCCUGGCCUUGUGCUGUGUGUCUGAAAUGCAGCAGGCAUUGGAGCAGGGGAGAGAGGGGGGCAUUUUUGCUCAGUGCGGAAGCAAGGUGGGUGGGUAGAGGCUUGCUGUCGCUCUGACUAUUGUACUGCACUGGGUCUUGCUUUGUUGGACUCCUCUGUGGCAGUAUGAUCUACGUAACUGCACUUCAGUCACACUUGUUUGUGAAUCACAUGGGUCAAGUACAAUGACAUACCCAAAAGCUGCAAAAAGAGAGAGAUGCAGGUACUCUUCUUUCUCCAGUGCAUUAGCCUGUGCAGAUUGAGCAGGCAGCACUGAUCUUAUUGGCAAGGACUACUUGGAACUGUUGAUUGGGGGACAUUGCAGGGCAUAAAUGUGCCCAGAUGAUCUUACCCUUUAAAUCCAUUCUGCAGACAAGCAUACAGAAACAGGAACCAAUAGCUGCUUCUCAUCCAUUACUUACCGCUGAAUACAGGUUUGUCACCUGUACCCCACUUACCACAUCCCUCUGUAUGUGAACAAAGGAAAUAAUUCUAUAUGCAGGCAGCAUUUGCAUAACACUGCUUUUGCACCUAAGCUAAACCAUUGAGAAGUCUAAUGAGGAAAGUUAGGUUAAACAUAUGUAAACAGCAGUUAUGCAUAAGCAGCAUUUAUAGUAGUCAUUUUACUCUAAUGUCUUUGCUGAAGUAGAAUGCUUAAUUUAAUCCCCAUUUUAAAUAUGUUUGAGUAAUAGCCUUGCAGCCUGAUCACACAGUGGAUUUAUGUCCCAGGUAAAUGUCAUAAGAUUUCAGGCUUAAUUAUAUUGUGUCUAGAUAAUGAUGCAUUAAGAUGCUGCUAAAGGAAUGUUUAAGAUGAUGCGGAAAACUUUGAUUGCCUGAACGUGUCAUAAUUUUGAUGUUUUUAAUUUGCACCCUACCUUAUGGGUCCUGGAUACCUUUAAUAACAAACAUUUGAUUAAAAUUUCUGCAGGAUGCCUUAAAAUUGCAUAGUGAAGCACUCAAGGGCUAACCAUAAUUAGGGGUCCUGCAUCUAAACACACCUCCGUGUAGCAGAGUGGACACUUAAUUAUUUUGCAUUCAUGGUGAUAUACAUAGUUGGUUGUUUUUACACUAGUGUACACCUAUUUAAGUGGAUUAUCUUGUGAAGUGGCCAUCAGCAAAACAUCUAUAAACCAUUGCUCAAGAGCAGCCUUUCUUAGCCUGGUGCCCCCAAACACUUUGGAAGGCAGCUCCCAUCAUCCAUGACCAUUCUGGCUGGGGUUGAUGGGAAUUGCAGUCCAGUGGCAUAUGCAGGGCAGCAGAUUGAUGCAAAGGCUACACUAGAGGAAACUGUUCUACAGCAAAUGGGAGACAACCUUGCCUGCCUUAGACAAAUGCCAUCGACUUUAAAGACUGUUCCAAACAAAUGAAGUCACUUGCAUGUUUACUAAAUGAAAAUAUUUCUAUGUUUUUUUUUUAAAAAAAUGGAGUUUAUUCCAUUUAGAGAUAGAAAAUUCAUUACUAAAAUGCAUCAUGUGAUGUAAUCUGGUGUAAACGUGAACCUCCUCCAUUUUCAGAUUUCUAUUAAUUUUAGUGAAGAUAGCAAGAGCGUGUGCACAUUUUCCCUUGAAAGGGUCUAAUUGAGGGCCACAACUUCCCAAACAUUAUAGACCUGUUGAGAUGGCUGACUUCUGACAUGACUUGAUGAUCCUUCCUUUAACAGGAAGGGAAGGGGGCAUUUCUUAAAGUAAAUCAUUUGAUGUAUCUUAUUUGAACUUAUUUUUAUGCAAAGCAUAAUGAACUCAGUUUUAGGGGUUUUUUUUGCUGCUUGCUGAACCUUCUUGUUUUCACUGGUUUGCUUUUCCUUUCUCUCCCCUCUUUUAAAAUAAUCUUAGAAGAAAAUGCAAAAAGGACAAGGGACCUUUGAUGGAGACGGUAAGAACACUUUUUUUGGACAAUUUAAUGUGUGAAACCUCAAAAAAGCAUGUAUGAAGAAACUGAGCCAAAUGAGUUGUGUGUUUUAAGCAAAUUCGUUGGUCACUUCAGGUGGUAUUCAGCUAAGUUUUUCUCAGUGCACACCCAUUGAAAUUAAUGGACCUAACUUAGUCUUGGCCAUUAAUUUCAAUGGAUUUCCCUCCGAGAAAAACUUAGUUGAAGCCUUUGCUUUUGUUUGUGGGCUGGAUCUAUUCAAAAAUUUCAGGCAUAGUGAGGGUUUACUUUUCAGAACUUUUACCUGUGCUUAUUUCACUCUGGCUCUGUCACAACUUCAACCAACCUGUUUUUCCUCAUUCAACUUUCAGUAUCAAUUUUGAUCUAGUUCCUUCUUGCAGUGCUUCAGUUCUCAUUACUUUGAAACAAUGCCAUGUUCCAUUCUAUGAUGUUAAUCAACUGGUAAUGCCUUUUGGGCUACUGGACAAUGGUUCAGUUGUUUGGCAGAGCCUUUAAGCCAGUGGUGUUCAAACUUUUUUCAAAGAGGGCCAGAUUUGAUGAAGUGAAGGGCUGUGGGGCCCGACCAUAAGGCCAACCAAAGUUGUUGACCUCCUUUUUUUAAGAUUUUACCCCAAAGUUGCUUUUUUUAAGGUUGGAGUCAUUGAGGUUUUUUUUAGGAUUGAAGUUGUUGAGGUUUUUUUUAGGAUUUUAUCCCAGGAAAUAAUCUGCCACAGGGGCCGGAUUAAACCGAACGGCGGGCCGGACUAGUGCCCCCAAACGGAGUCUGGACAUGCCUGCUUUAAGCCAUUUGCUGUUUCCAUCAUUAUAUAUUUAUGUAUGAUACGUAUUUUCUGACACUUUAUAAUUUCUAAGGUGGCUUUCAAGCUAAACUGUAAAGGGCACAACAGCUGGAAACGUGACAUAGGAAACUGAAAGAAGUGAGUUUGUGGCCACUGAGAGGGUCAAGUUUAGUUGCUGCCUCCACUCAACAAAGAAAACAAAUAAAGGGAGAGCAGUGAUGGAUGAAAACACACAUAUUCUCAUCUUAUGCAAAAAUACUCAGAGAUAGCUCCUACAGAGUCCACAGAGGCUUACUACCAAGUAAAUGUGCAUAGGAUUGCCUUCACACCUGCAGCCUCCAGCCAGGGCGGAGGGUGGGAUGCAGGCAAAACACUACUUCAACUAUGCCAGCCUGGAACUGAUGUAGCAUCAGGUCACAGUGCCAUCAAAUGAUGGCACUCAAACUGGCUCAGAGCUUCCCUGCCACUGAAGCACCCUGUUUUGGGGACUGGUGGAUCUGUUUGUGGGGUGAGGGACCACUGCAGUGGCUUAGGGAUUUAAGUUGCAGCCUUAAUGUAAACUUAUUUGUUCUUACUCAGGAUAUCCAUUGUAAAGUGAAAAACAACAACAAGAAUAAGAACUUGGUUCUCUUUAUAAUCUGUAUCAUUCCAUUCUUUGGCCAUGUCUUGUCUUCCAACUUUAUAACUGUUUUAUGUGGCCUUUUCUGAAUUUCCCACCGUUGUGGGUCCGUAUUAUGCCUCAGAACAGAAGGCAUCAUCAUUCCCUCUUGUAUUUUAUUCUUUAGCUGUUUUGUCACCUUAAUAUAGGGGCACCUCAGGCCUUGGGCCUGAAUGUGGGCUUCCAAGCCUUGCUCUUGGGCCUUGCGACUCUCCUCAGGCCUUUCCCACUUCCUAGGCUACACCUCUCACCAGUCCUGCUCCAUGCUCUCCUUGAGUACUGUUGAGUAGCAGGAAUGAAUUUAGGGUAAUGUUUCCUGUUUGCCUGGAUGCAGAGAAGGGGCUGUAGGUAAAUGUAGAAACCUCUGGUGUGGUUGGCAUGUAGCCUACUAUGGAAAAGUAAGAAUCGAACUCUCGCUCCACCUACUUGGCUGCUUUCACCACUGGCAUGCAGCCCUCAGAAGCUUGCAUAUGAGGAACUGUGGCCCUGACAGAGGUUUCCCACCUCCGCUUUAAUAUAUGAUGGCAACGAAAGUGUGAAAACCUAGUGCUAAAUUCAGUCCUAUUGCAGACCAGAUGUUUGGAACCAAACCAUGGGCUUAGAGGAUUUUUUUUUUUUUGAAUUUAAAAGGAGAAUUGGCAGUAGUUUAAAGCCUUCUGACUCUUGUUAGCAAAUGGCAGUAACUUCUAUGUUGCACAGGGUGGAGGCCUUGCUUCUGUGACCAGAAUGGUUCAUUAGUGGUAAGGGUCUGAAACCACAAGGAGGUGUUUACAAUAACAUUUUCUUGCUAGUAGUGCUGAGUUCUGCCAUAUAAGAACUUGUUAUUAUCUCCUUGAAUAUAGGCAGAGAGUAAAAAAUUAAUUGUUUUCUCAAAGUUUCCAUGUGCAGAAAAUUUUAACUUUGACUGGAUACUGCAUCUUUUUGAUAUCAGUAUUUCCGAUUAGGAAGCUGAGUCAAGACAAUUGGUUUACCUCGCUGCGCUAACUGGCAGUGGCUCUCCAGGGUUUCAGGCAAGUGCCCUCUUUUCAGAGCUACCUGGAGAUGUGGGGAUAUUGAACCUGAGACGUUCCACAUGCAGAGCAGAUACUCUACCAUUGAGCUAUAGCCGUUAUUGACUGUUUAUGGCAAGAAAAUUGCCUUGCUGGUGAUUUUAUGGAAAAGCAGAUGAGAAAUAAAAUUAAGUACCUUUAGUUAUUGUUCUAUCGUAAUUGACAGAUUAAGGUAUUUUAGACGUAAGGGCCUCAUUUGGACCGCCAAAUUUUAGCUUUGAAAACUAAGAUAUGUGUGAACUUUAGGCACCUGCAAGGAGGGGCGGAGGAAGGGGGGUGCGGAUGGGUGCGGGCCACUCCGGGUGUCACCACUUGGGGGGGUGACAAAAUGCCAGGCGGCACUCACCGUGGGGCCUGCAGUGCGCCUGAGCCACGUAUCUCUCCUGGGAGAGACGCGGUGGCUUGGGCACGCUCAGACUCCGCGCUGCCCAAACGGUCUGCCCGCUGCCUCCCCCCCCCAGCUGUAGGGCAGCUGAGUGGAAGGAGGCAGGCAGACUCCGGGGGCCCCGUGGUGCGUCCCACCCUUUGGGCGGCUCGCCCCGCCCUUGCCCCUAUGGGCAGCGUAUGGCGCCCCUGGGCACGCUGCCCCAGGCACACGAGCAGCUUCCCUCCGCCACUGCCUGCAAGCAAUCACUUUUCUCCUCCCUUCAUGCAUGUGUGUGGGCAUACAAAUCAGCAAAUUGCAGUUAACCAGUUUUGCUCAAAUUGGGAAGCUCUGGUUAGUGGCUUUCAAACUUCCCUUUCACUUCAAUGGAAGAGGCUUGAUCAUACGUAUAGGCUUCCUUUGCAGCUUAUAGAGUUGCAUAGCUGUCAACUUUUCCCUUUUCUUGCAAGGAAUCCUAUUCGGAAUAAGGGAAUUUCCCUUAAAAAAAGGGAAACGUUGACAGCUAUGUUGUACCUCCGUUUAAAUGCAUGGAGAAAUUCUUUGGGGAAAGGGGUUCCUUAUGCAUUUAUUGCAUAAUCAUUUGGGAUGCUGGAUAAAAGGCUGAGAGGUCUUCCAGCAUGUUUAUUGAAUUUAUAUCCAGCCCUUCCUUCUGAAGGGUGGCAUAGAUUCCAGGCACAGUGUUCUUGCAACCUCCCCUCCCAAAUAUGUUGUAUGUCAACCUUAUCUCCUUGACUCCUAACAAAAUAACGGAACAAGUUUUAAAUACUUUGAAAACAGAACUCAAAAGCUGCUUUGAACUUGCAGUCAGAAUAAAUAAAUGAAAUAAUAGACGAAACUAGAUUAAGUUAAUAUAUUCAGUACAGUGGUACCUCUAGUUACGAACUUAAUUAGUUCCAGAGGUCCGUUCUUAACCUGAAACUGUUCUUAACUAGAGGCGUGCUUUCGCUAAUGGGGCCUCUUGCUGCUGCUGUGCCGCCAGCACACAAUUUCCGUUCUCAUCCUGGGGCAAAGUUCUCAACUCGAGGUAACUCUUCCAGGUUAGCAGAUUUUGUAACCUGAAGCAUUUGUAACCUGAGGCGUUUGUAACUUGAGGUACCACUGUUAUAUAUACUGGUGCCAGAAUUCAGGUUUUGCAGUUUCAGCUUUCUGGUAGAGAAUUUUAGGUGCUUAGGCCUUAAAACUGCUAGUUUUCAUUUACGGUAACACUUUCCAUUUGAUUAUGCAGCUAGUGGUUUGCAGCAAGUUACUAUGAGAUUAAUAAAUUAUUGGACCGUUAACUUUCUUUAUUAGGUUACUAUAUUAUCUGCAUUUAAAAUAAAAUCAAGGAAAGCUGUAGUUAAUAACCUGUGUAAAUUAUUCAGCUCAAGCAAAUGCACAUCAGGUUGCUUAUCAUGCAUAUUAUUAUUUUUUUUGGGGGGGGGUGUUUCCACUAUCAUCUGUGGGGCAGGGGGAGAAUAAAUGUGUGGCAUCAAAGUUUGUUUCCUAGGAAUUUCCCUGAGAUGUUAUCACACUCUGCAUGCACAUGUUUCAAGCCCACCUUUACUGUCCUGAGGACUAGAGUCCUUACUUAAAACGAAAUCCCUGCUUUUUAAUUGUGUGCUUACUUGGAAACACCCAGAGCCUAGUUUAUUAAUUAGUUAAAUCAGGUGUCCUUCACCCUAACAUUUCGUAUUCUAUUAAGCGCAAGCUCUCAAAUAAUAAAAGUGUUUCUGGUUUUUCCUUAACAAAGAACACAGGCUAUUAUUGAAUUCGGGUGGAAGGCAUCUUUUUGGUGGUACAGUGAUCUAUUGUUACUUUAAUAUGUGCUAUGCUCUCCCAUUGUCCUGAACAAGCCUCUAUCUUUGUCCACAGAGUUUGAGAGGCAUAUUCAUAAUAAUGUUACUUAGAACCUCUCCUUAAAUCAAUUUCUUUUUCGUGCUGUUGUAGAAAAUGCUGUGUUGUAUCAGAACUACAAAGAAAAGGCUCUGGAUAUAGAUUCUGAUGAAGAGGUAGAAUUGAAAGAACAGAAGUCAGAUGAAAAAAUAGUUAUUCAGUACAAACCUCUGAGAUCAACAUGGAGUCAGUUGUCUGCGGUAAGUGUCAUAAUGUUAAAUAGCCCGAAGCCAAACUGGAAUGCAGCAGUGCUUAUAAGCGAGUCUCUUUUAUCUCCCAGUGUCCUUUUCAACCCAACAUUUUAUAGCUUUUCGUUUGCCCUCAGAACUACUUCCUGAAGUGAAGUGUUUAUGGGUAUGCAGCUAAUACCCAAUGGUUGUUAUUGGUAAACAGGUACAGCUGCUAGACUUGCAUUCCUAAUUUCGUUUGCCUUAUGGGUUUUUUUCUUUUUUAUGCAAGCAAACCACAAGUCGCCAACUGUGUUAGGACUUCAGGAUCCCUUUGCUUUUGGAAUUUAAAUUGCAGGGAAGGGGGCAACCCUUAGAGCAUGUUCAGUAAAAUAGCCAUAUGGAGAGAAUUAAUGAAAAUAAGUAUCUUGAAAAUGGAGAGGAUAAGCAAAGAGGCUUGUUUAUUUUAAUGUCGUUCUGCGGGAAAUUUAGGUCUCACAACACGCCAGCACAGACAAACACUGGCUCUCUGCAAAUCAUAGUUUGUAAUACAUGUAUGUAUCAGAGUGGAGCCAUAGCAAUAGCCUCAAAGCAGCAGCAGCUUCACUGUGUAAGGAUGGAGUGGUUGGGACUACAUGGGUCUUGACCUUUUUGCCACCUUGCCCCUCUGGUAAGCUGCAGUGCUGCUAGGAGAAUAUUUCUGCAGCUGCACCCCACCAGGUGAGUCACUUUCUUAUCUUCUCUGUCUGCUGGAGGAGGAGGAGGAGGAGAGAAGCUUUCACGUGGCUGCUCAUCAGACCAUUCCAUGGGGAUUGGAAUUCUGUAAUGGGAAGCAACCAUGUUAUAUCACCUGAGGUAUUGGCAGGCUCCACAUUACUAGAGCAGCGUGGGAACUGACCGUGCUGAAGCAACAGCCAUGCCACUUAAGGCAGAAGUCGCCGACUUUCUUUGAGUGAAAAUUUGCAUGCUAGAGAAAACGUUGUGGGCAUCAUUCUGUCCCCAGCAUCCCAACCAAGCACACACCACAAUCUAUUCCACUGUCUAAGGCUUCUUUCAAGCCUAAUUUCAGAGGGGUGGAGGGGACCCUGCAGGUGCCGAGGAAGACCUUGGUUGACACAUGUGCGGUUGCCACGUAUGUGAACCCAGUGUUGAGAUAAUGGCAUUAGAAUUGCACCUAUGAUAGGCUAGAGAUAUUAGCUUCCCUGCAGUUUCACAGAUAAGGAAACAGUUAAGCAGAAGAAAACUGCAAGAGGUCAAAGUUCUCUUUUUUGUUUGUGUACUGUAGUCUGCUAUGGUUACAAGUGCAAUUUAAUUAAACACUCAAGAGGUUUGUGGGUGGCUUCUUGUAUAUGAUUUUAAAACUUUGCAACAACUUUUAGCAGUAAGCAUUUAUUCUUCUUAUUAAAAUAAGUGAAUGCAAGGAAAGAACAGGUUCACGACUUCACUCACUGUGAAGAAUUGUCCUCAGUUUACUAUUCAAAGUUUUUUAAAUGGUAGCAAAUGGCUAUAUUUAGUGUGUCUUAUUUGAAUUAUUUGAUAUAGUAGAAUUUCAAGGAAGGAAUCGGACGGGGAUAAAUUACAUGAAUACUUGGGAACCCAUUCAGUGAUGCUUGGGGGGGUUCAUUUUAUAUCAUGUUUCACAGUCAGACCUACACAGUGCAUGAUACAAGAAGCCACAUGACAGCCCACAAGUCAUGUUUUGUGGACUAAAAGGUGCCUGGAAGUCUCUCCCAUCCUCUGCACGCCAUUCUUACAGUUUUAAGGCAAGGACUAAAGCCAGAAGAUUUGCUGAGAUCUUAGUUUGGCACUAUAUACAGCUGGUAGAGUGCAUUUUGGUUUGGUGGAUCAUAAAUUCUGCAAUAGGUGUAGUUGCUUGGAGCAAGAUCAUAAGGCUCCUAUGUUACUGAGAUGGAAAGGAAAGCCUCAACUCUGCAUUGCACUGUGCAUUGACAAUUAAUACAAAGCUCGUGAUUUUGUGUGAUCAGCUGAUGAGCGGAAACCCCCAUGUGUUAGGGCAACUUAUCUUGUGAAAUGACAUGUUAAUGUUGUGAAUGAAUGGAGAAAGCAAACUGUUACUCAUCUGUUCAUAAUAAAAUCUGGCCUUGGUGAGACCACACCUGGAGAACUGUGUCCAGUUCUGGGCACUGCAAUUUAAGAAGGAUAUUGACAAGCUGGACAGUGGACAGCGACUGAGAUGAGCAGGGGUCUGGAAACCAAGCCUUAUGAGGAAUGGUUGAGAGAGUUUGAUAUGUUUAGCCUGGAGAAUAGGAGACGGAGAGGAGAUAUGAUAUCACAUGAUGUCACAUGGAAGAUGGAGCAAGCUUGUUUUCUCCUGCUCUGGAGGCUAGGACCUGAACCAAUGGAUUCAAGUUCCUAGAAAGGAAAUUCUGAUGCAACAUCAGCAAGAACUUUUUGACGGUAAGAGCUGUUCGACAGUGGAACAGACUCCCUUGGGAGGUGGCAGACACUGCUUCAUUGGAGGGUUUCAAGGAGAUGUUGGAUGGCCAUCUGCCAUGGAUGCUUUAGUUGAGAUUCCUACAUUGCAAGGGGUUGGACUAGAUGACCCUUAAUGUCCCUUCCAACUCAAAAUUCUACAAUUCUAUGAAAAUGUUGCGAUGAAAACAUUGGGUCCAUUCGUUUCAGUGGGUCUACUCUGAAUAAAAGUCAGUGGAAAACAACUUACGAUAUGCAAAUCAUUUGUGUGCAUGUGUGCAAAUGUAAAUAUUUUUUGGGAUCCUAAGAACUGCAAGUGGACUUCUGCUUCUGGAACAGAUCUUUAUAGUCCGUUCUCUACUACAGUAGCAUAAUUAACGCACUUCCUCCAAAAAACAUCAAGGGGCUUAAUAGGAACAAGAUGUACGGCAUGAGGCCUGUGUAUGGAGGAGGGGAAUCUACUGAAAUUAGGACCUCACCCUAGUUAUGAACAGAUGUGUCUUUAUUUAAAAUAGUUUAGUGUUGCCUUUAAGUGAGGUGUGUGUGUGUGUUUCCAGUUAAAAUACAAUGCAGUACAGCCACAACAAUAAUAUAUCAAAACCUGUGUAAAUACACUGCACAUGGCUAGCAUUCUAGAGGUGUGGUGCCGCUACAGAAAAGGACAUUUCCCCAAUCUCAAAGUAUGGACAGGGUUGUAUGGGUGGAGGCUGACCACUUGAACCCAAAUCUCUUCACAUGUUUUACCACUGUGCUGCUGUUUUUAUGCAAUAUGUUUAAUCUAGCUGUUUGCUUCUCUCUACUUAAUUGACUUGAUGGAAAAAGCAGCAUUGGAUGGGAACAGAAAGUCUUUUGAAAACAAUUCCGAGGCCUCUGAGACAUGAUACAGUUAAAGCGUUCCCUCCCCACCCCACUUUUUAAAGCCCUCAUUGUUUACAGUUCUGUGGCUAUAACUGGAGAACUAAUAAAUGCUACUAUGUCCCAUUCACAGUAUGCAAUAAAUGGAGGAUAACUUGUGUAUGAGAGAUUACAUGAGCUGUACGUCUAUAUGGGAAGUGAAGGGGAAAAUAUAUUAGAAUGUUUUUAAAUGAUGCUGAACGUUAAUAGCUUCAUUCGACCAGUUGAGCUAGAGAGAACUGUGUGUGAUACUUACACUGGAAAUGUGGAAGUGAAAAUACUCCACAGUAUUAAGUUGAAAGGAACCCACUGGGCUAGAUUAUAAACAGAACUAAAAUGUGUACUGCAUUCCUGUGACUGGACUGCAAUUCUAUACCAAAUUUCCUAGGAGCACCAGUGGACUCAGUGGAACUUAAUUUUGAGUAAACGUGUGUUGUAAUACACUGGCAAACUCAGUUCUUUUCAUAAGUCUAAAAAUAACCAUUUAAGCACCCACUCCUUUUCAGUGGAUUGAAUUCAGCUAACACUCAGAGUCUGUGGGUUAUGUCCCAAGGCACGGCGUGUGUUGAUGAAAUUGUGUCUACAGUCAUACCUCGGGUUAAAUGUGCUUCAGAUUUAGCGUUUUCAGGUUGUGUUCCACGGCGACCUGGAAGUAACGGAACGGGUUACUUCUGGGUUUCGCCACUCGCGCAUGCGCAGACGCUCAAAAUGACAUCAUGCACAGAAGCAGCGAAUCGCAACCCGCGCAGACACGGGUUGCGUUCUGCUCAGGAUGCGAACGGGGCUCCGGAACGGAUCCCGUUUGCAUCCAGAGGUACCACUGUAAUUGAAACCCAUUGAAAAAGCUGGCAAACACCCCACCUCCCUUCCUUUUAGUGAUGUUUCAGUGACACCCUUCUGACAUUUCCAGGUCACUUCUGGAUUUGGCGUGAUGAGCAUAUACACAGUCACACACGUAUUGAACGCAUGUCAGUGGGGUGGGGCGGGGCCUGCCUGUAGAGUUGUUGAAAUUAAUGUACCUAAGUUAGUCAUGAUCAUUUAUUCCAUUAGGUUGGCUCUGAGUAGACGUUAGCUGAAUACCCGGUACUUUUAAACUUAGAUUUAUUGGAUACAUGUCUGUCGUGUUAAAGAGUUUCUUUCUAUGCUGCCUUUUGGCCCAAGAGGCCCCCAAGGCUAGGAAUGGGUCACUUGGUGGAGCCAGAAGUACAGCAGUAGCUUCCUGGCAGCAAUGGUGCUGCUGCUUACCAGAAGGGAUGAGGCUGCAGCAAGGUCAGGGCUGUGCAGGUGCAAAGCCACAAACUCCUGGUUGGUUCUGCCUGUGAGCUUAUGCUGCCCCUUUUGUACAUUUUAAUUUGGAGGAUGGCCAAGCAGCGGGGUCAUUGAGGUAGACAGGGGUGUUGCUAGAGGUGUUCAGGUCUCCAGUUACAGUGGUACCUCAGUUUAAGAACAGCCCCGUUUACGAACUAUUCGGUUUACAAACUCCGCAAAACUGGAAGUAGUGUCCUGGUUUGUGAACUUUACCUCUGUCUAAGAACAGAAGCCGAACGGUGGAAGGGCACUGGCAGCGGGAGGCCUCAUUAGGGAAAGCGUGCCUCAGUUUAAGAGUGGACAUCCGGAACGGAUUAAGUUCGUAAACCGAGGGACCACUGUAUUAAAGAUUUAAAGGUCAAGAAAAACACUGUUGUCCUUUUGGACUUGGAAUCUUUUGAAUGGGCCCAAAUCUUAACAUCUAUUGAAACCUCUGCUUCCUCCUGAUUCAACAAAGAGUCAUUCAGGUGUUAGGGGACCACAGCUCCCAUGAUCCCUGGCAAUUGGCCAUGCUGGCUUGGGCUGAUGGAAGUUGGACAUGUUCCCCAUCUCUCAGAUGUUGCUUUUUAUGCGUAGAUCUGAAAAUGCUUUUUUUUUAGUUCUAUUUGUAUGUUUUGAUGUACACAUGGAUACGUAUUGUUCACGCUUGUGAGUGUCUCUGGUCAGGCUCGCACACAGGGAACAAGUCCCAACUGGAAGGAAACCAUCUGGGGAGUGGGGCGUGUGCAAAUCAGUAUCACACAUCACUGCUCAGAUAUAACUGUUAAAAGAAAUCACAACUAUACAGGUAUUUCCUUCAAUGGCUGUAGAACGGGCAUGCUUUCACCAAUAAUCUGGGUAAACCUACUGUGAAGUUCUGCUUCUAUAUAUGUAUAAAAGUGUAGGACUACACAAACAAUGAUUUGUUAAAUCUAAAACUUUCAUUUUUGUAAGCACAGUUUAAUGUCUCAAAUUGUUGAUUAAUUAACCUGACAUUUUGAACAUGUGCUAGCUUGUACUUUCAGGCCAAACUUGUAUUUUGAGAUUGUUUUGGAACUACAGGUACAUACUCAGUUUUUCAUCCUGGAUAGAAAAGCAAAAGGUUCGCUGGCUGAUUACCUCUGUUGGCACAGAGUUAAGCACAGUGUUAAUGCCAAAAUGUUCUAAAGUGAAGCAGAUAUUCUGCCAUUUUAUCGCAGGAUGUAAUAGGGGGAAAAGGAGGGACAUUCUUGACCGUAUUUUGGAGGCAAGCACUAACUUCUUUCUCUUCAUGUGUAAAAUCAUUGCAGGAAUAUUUCCACUCCUGAGUGCUGCAGCUACCUUCAUAAAUUCUUUAUUCUUAAUAUUGAAACAGAUCAUUUCCUGUUUGUUUUGUUUGAUUUCAUUUUCUUUUACAUCUUUCCUUCAUUGAAAGAGCCUUCAUAAGACAGUCGGUCAUAAAGCUCUGUACUGCAGAAUGAGAAGUUACUGAAAUGAACCUUUUUAACUUUAUCUUUGAAUGAUGCUGACCGAUAGUAUAGGGGUGUUGUCUUCUACAGUGGUUAUGCUCCUACUUUUGCAGGACGGGGGGUCAGAGAAUAGCAUUGGAUGACUUUUCCUCAGCCUCAUAGUGACUGCUGUGGGAUAGCGCAAGAAGAAAUUCUAUUUUGCAUGCAGCUUAACAUAUAUAUGAAACCAUUGAGUGCCAUUAUCAUGGGAUUAGGGUGAUUUGUCAGCAGUAUGCUGAUGGCACUUAGUUGUAUGUCUCCAUUGAAUUGGGUGGUGCUGUUCAGGUGCUGAACCAGGGCCUGGAGUUGGUCUAGGUGGGUGCCAAUAAGCUGUGACUAAAACCUGACAAGGUGGAUGUUCUAUGGCUUGGUGGUUCCUAUGUCUGGGAAAUGGGUUCAUGCCUUGUUUUGAAUGGGGCCCAUCCAAAUGAAAAUUUCAGUCAAUUACUGAUGGAAAACAAUAGAGGAGAAACAUGUGUAUUGCAAAAAUAUAUGUAAAGGGUUAAUCAUUGUUUCAGGUGAAGAAGAAUGGGCUAUACCAGACCAUCAGCCAAGAAGAAAGGAAAAGGCAAGAGGUACCUUCAUUAUUAUAGCCACAGUUUAUUCAUUACUUCAUAAGCUUGUCAUCCUUUUAUGCUUGCUUUCUGGAGGAAAACUUUAAAAAAAUGUUGUUGUACACUUUUCUGUUCCAUUUCUGUGAACUAAAUUAUAGUAGAAAUCUAACUUUUGAUACAGACUACCUGGGGUUUUGCGGCUUGCAUAGAAUGCAAGUGGGUAAAAUAUCUAUAAAUGCAAUAAAUAAUAAUAAUAAUAAUAAUAAUAAUAUGCAAAUGUUGUGAACAUGCCCAAUAUCUGAAAUAAGCAGUCUCUUCAGCCGUACUCAUAACCACCUGUCUGUUCAGUUCUCUGUUUGCUUUCUGAGCUACACUUGUGAAAGGAAGAGCUCCUUCCAUUUGCAGAAGGAGUGGCACCUCAGCAUAGGUUGCUGCCUGUAGAAAAAAUUGGGGAGGUGAUUUUCACACAGUCCCAGAUGACCCUUCAACCCUCCUGUGCAAAAUUCUGUGGGCUGUAGGGGAUUAGGGGGAAAUCAUCACCCCUAUUCCCAUGAGCAGGAAUGUUCUGCGUGCAGAAUUCCACACAUAGGACCUCUUCGUCCUACCCGAUGUCUUCAAAGCAGAACAGGAUGAAUGACCCUUAAAAGCUUCCUGUUUUCUCCUCCUCAGCCCAUUAGGUGCUACUGCUGUACCCCUUGAUAAAUGUGGAUAAUCUCCACUAACUGUUAUGGGUUUGAUCUGUCACCUGAAGAGGGCUGACCCUCAGAUCAGCACUGCCUGUUCAGUGAAAGACCACAAGGAAGGAUCUGAAGAUCCUUCUUAGAAUAAGUCCAGUCUACGUGUGAACUUGGGAAGUAAAUAAAUAAAUCUGCUUUUGGUUGCACCGUUAGCACUUGCUAGGCAACAGCCAGAGGACAGGGCAGUUCUCUUCAGCUAUACCUGAAGGAGUGUCUCCACCCCCAUCCAUAGCUGUCAGCUUUUCCGAAUAGGAUUCCUUGCAAGAAAAGGGAAACGUUGACAGCUAUGCCCCCAUCAUCCAGCCUGGACACUGAGGUCCAGCGCCAAGGGCCUUCUGGCGGUUCCCUCACUGCGAGAAGUGAAGUUACAGGGAACCAGGCAGAGGACCUUCUUGGUAGUGGUGCCCACCCUGUGGAACACCCUCUUAUCAGAUAUCAAGGAAAUAAACAGCAACCUGACUUUUAGAAGACAUCUGAAGGCAGCCCUGUUCAGGGAAGUUUUUAAAGUUUGAAGUUUUAUUCUGUUUUUAGUAUUCUGUUGGGAGCUGUGUUCUGAGAGUGGCUGGGGAAACCCAGCCGGAUGGGCAGGGUAUAAAUGAAAUAAUAAUAAUAAGCUACAGAUCAGGUCAAAAGAAGCUCACAGAGAUACUUAUAGGAUUCCAGGGGGCGAGAGAUGUAAGGCCUGUAGAAUGUUAGGAUUUUUAAAAACCAAGCAGGAAAAUCAACUUGAGAUUCAGAGGGCUUGGAAGACCUUCUGAUGAAUGGUGGUUAUGAGCAAUUUGGCAGUUGAAGGAAACUGGGACAGAUGUGGGCCUGGAAACCUUUCCUCUUUGUGGUCAUGGGACUUGCUGUUGUCAGUUCCAAAUACAAUGUGGUAACAAGCAACUGCACUGGUAGUUACCUCUCUUGUGCCUUCGGGACUCAGAGCAGCAAAGAAAAUCACGGUUUCUGUCCAGUGCAUGCUUGGAUUUCCAUUGUUAAGGUAGCAUCUCAUGCCAACAUUAGCUGCCCUUUCAUGCUCAUCUGGGAAGUGCCAGUCCUCCACUGCCAGCUGCACACUGCCUCAAAUGUUAGCCUGUUGUGCUACAUCUGCCAUCACCUGCUGUCCACUGGUUUUAACCCUUGCCAUCCUGGUUUGUAUCUUGUGCUGUUCCCUUAGCCACUUAGCCUACAUUCUUCUGAGGGCAAGAGGACUAUUCUUCCCAAUGGCAAGAAGAGAUGCUGGAAUGAAUGCUGUCCCCCCCCUUGAGCCCCCCCUUGAGGACAGAAUAAGUGCCAGUGAGAAAUUAACCCAUUCUGUCUCUGUAAAUCAGAAAGUACCUUCAAGGUUGAAUUUCCCAAAGAGGAAAAAAAAGGAUACAUUGGUGAUAGUCAGGACUUUGGUGCCAUUUCACUUAGGUGAGUGGUUUGUUUAAGCUGCAGGCAUAGUUAAAGAAAUGUCUUUUUAAAGGCAGCUAUUAAACGGGGCAGAGGGUGAAAUUAUUAAGUAAGGUGUUUUUUAAAAAAUAAUAAUACACAUAAUGGGUUGUGUUGGACAGUGUGUGUUGUUGCAGUUUAUUAAUGCAACAUGCUAAAUAAUGUACAAAGCCAAGGAGAAAUAAAUAGGCUGAACUAAAGAGGAUGGAGAUGGAAUACAUAUCUAUCUUCCCCAUUAAACCAUUAUCACAUUCUAUCCUUGAAUGCAUCUGCUUCUCCAGCAGGGCCACAUACAAAGCAUUUGUUUACAUUUGGUCUCUAAAGAGCUCCACAAAGCAUGCAUAAGCUAUCAAGCUUCACACAUCUGUUUGUAUUGAUGCCGUGCAAAUGAACGAUAACUUCAUUUCACACUGUCACUCAUGGGGACUGUCACUUGUCUUGAGUAAGAAAUAGUAAUUGGCAAAUGCAUUAUCAUUCUUCAUCACAGAUUAGUGUCACUAGAUUAUGCAUGAGCUUAAACGUUCCUUGUUUUGGUGUUUUGAGAUUAUAGUUUUGAAGUAUUCUGAAAUCGGGGUAAUCGAAAACUUCUUUUCAUUGUAUGCUUUGCUAGAAUGUAUAAGUGUCCAACCCAUAUCUCAUUUUCACUUUCAAAAAACUGCUGUGCCUCGCCUUGAAUUUCUUAGCUUGAAAGGAAUCAAUGAGGGCUGUGAUGGAACUGAGAACAAAGAAUUCUUAAAUAGCAUUGAAGACGAGGGCUCUGGUGUCCUUUCUCUGAAACACACACACACACACACACACACACACACACACACCAGAGCAAAUUACUUACAGAACUCUGCUGCUCUCUUUAGGCAAGCCCUUUCUUCACGAUUGCAGCCAAAGCAACAAAUUGCCUGUGAGUGCAGCAUAAAUUUGGGGACAAGAUGAUUAAUGGGAAGCCUGAAUGAUAGCACUGUGGCUUCUUCCUUUCCCUCCAGUUAAGUUAUACAAAGUAGAAUAUGUAUCAUUGCGUUUUCCAAGUCAUAAGUUGAGGGAUUCGUAAAAACAAAAUAGAAGCCACAUCAUGAUCCCAACAGAUACGUCCCAUUGCAAACAACAACAACAUGUGCAUUUUAUUUAUUUAAGGUAUUUAUAUACUGCUCAAUCAUUAGAAUUUCUAACUGGUGGAUAUAGAAGCACCAGAUAAUAUUUUACAUUAAUGGGGACAUGCUAAUUAAUAAACGUGCAAUCAGCUUUUAAGUACGUGUAACAGAAACAAUUUCAUGGUCUCCUGCCCCUGCAGCUCCCUACCCAUCCUGUGUUGUUUCCCCAUGUCAGAUUUCAGAGCUCUUUGGGGCCAGGGGCCUGUCCUGUACACUAGUGCACCGCCAGUGUACCACCACACACACUGGUGGUGGUAUACAGAUAAGUAGUCAAAUAAUACUUGAAUCAAGUCUCCUUCUCAGGUACUCUGUUUUAGGCAUUCAGCUAACUGAAGGAAAGAAGCUGGGGGAAAAGGCCGAUAGGCAGUGCUGUGUAGGAUUUGCCAGAGUAAAGAGAAGAAAUGUGGGUUGGGAAGGCUUGUGUGGGAGGCCUGCGUGUGCAUUCUGGAGACCAGCCCAUCUCCUUUUCAGCCAGCUGACCUUUUGCAGAAGUAUCUGGCAAAGCUGCUUCUCAGUUUCCACUGCUUUCAAGGAGCUGAAUCUUCAACUAUGCAGAGAUUCUUUUUUCAUUAAUUGGGGCUUUUGCUUAUACAAGGUUUCCUAAUAAAAAUCACAAUUCUCCCCCUUUAUUUUUGUAGUUAAAAAUAAUAACGGGGGGACUUUUGCUUGGGCUACAAAGAGCAAACAUAUAUUUUAUAAAUGACAGCUUUUUAAUUUUUGCAAACAUUUGUAGUUGGUGCUAUUUGCUAAUACUGAUUUCUCAAGCACUUUGCGUAUAACAGUUACUUUAACAUUAUUGCCAGUUUUGUUCUUUGUGAGGGUUAGCCUGAGAGGUUGGUCCAAUUCAGGCGCAAAGAUCUUGAUCUGAUAUCUGACCAUGGUUUAUUGGACCAAGUACAAGCAUUGUGGCCACACACAAUCCUCCCUUCUUGCAUAUGCCUCAAUGCAAGAUUCUUGAAGUUUGUUCACCCAAUUUCCAUUAUAUCCAGACUGGGGGAAAUGUGUUUUAAUCACUGCCAACAAACUAUGAAAGCAGGAUCUGUUCACACAGGCACUAGGCUAAGUUCUCAGUCCCAUAAAUCACGGUUCAUUCAAGUGAGAUAGUUAUAUAUCUCAACCAGGCCAUAAAAUCCUGCUCAUGACCAUCCCGUGAACUUCAUUGCUUUGGGAGGGUUUUGAUCCUGGAUUUUCGCAUCCUAAAGCUAAAAGAAGUGACCUGUGUAUGUGUGUGUGUGUCUCCUCCCCCUUCCCACAUGCAGGCUAUAUUCGAAGUUAUAUCUUCAGAACAUUCAUACUUGCUCAGUCUGGAAAUCCUGAUCCGGAUGUUUAAGAACUCCAAAGAACUGGGCACUACAAUGACCAAAACAGAAAGCCAUCACCUUUUUUCCAACAUUGCGGAUGUCUGCGAAGCAAGCAAGAGGUAAGUUUUAAACAGAGGUCCUUCCCCUUUAUUCUGUUUAUGCCCAGGAACUUUUAUACACUUUAAUGUUCUUAAGGGGAGUUUAGAUAUCCUCCCACACCCAUGCUUUGAAAGAAUGUGUGAGGGGAUGCAAGAUUCCAUGAGCUUCCCUGUCAACACUGCAUGUAGCCGCCGUGUCCUCUGGAAGAUCACACAUUUGGCCAAUGUGUGAAUGGGCUCUAUGCAUGUAGAACCUUUUCAAGUGCCAUCUGAAUGUUCGGAUUGUGGGGAGGGGGUGGUCAUGACCACUGCAUGCUUUGAUCAUGUGAUGCCUGUGAUGCCUUUUGAAUCCAUCUUGUGUUCUUACAGUUGGCAGUUAUCAUUGCUAAUUCUUUCUUAGUUCAUUUUGUUCAAUCUAAGGAAUAAUAAGGGAUGUGUGUGGCGCUGUGGGUUAAACCACAGAGCCUAGGACUUGCCGAUCAGAAGGUCGGCGGUUCGAAUCCCCGCAACAGGGUGAGCUCCCGUUGAUCGGUCCCUGCUCCUGCCAACCUUGCAGUUCAAAAGCAUGCAGUGCAAGUAGAUAAAUAGUUACCACUCCGGUGGGAAGGUAAAUGGCGUUUCCGUGUGCUGCUCUGGUUCGCCAGAAGCGUCUUAGUCAUGCUGGCCACAUGACCCAGAAGCUGUAUGCCAGCUCCCUGGCCAGUAAAGCGAGAUGAGCGGCGCAACCCCAGAGUCGGCCACGACUGGACCUAAUGGUCAGGGGUCUCUUUACCUUUAAGGAAGAAUAAAAUAUAACAAAAUUCGCAAUGCGUUACUGGAAAUCAUUCAUUAGGUGAGCGUUCAGAUAAUGAGUUGGCAAUUUCCACUGUUUCCUGUGGGAAAAUUUCUAAUGCAUUCCUGACCACUGAAUUUUGACCCCCUAAAGCAAAUAAAAAACCCUAGGAAAACCUUCUGAAACUUUAUAGUUACUAAAAUACAGACCACAGAUCCUCAACCAAACAGCAAAAGGGAAACAAGGAAGUACAAAAUUCUCGGAUAUCUGAAUCUGCCAUGUAUAGAUAGAUUUGGUACUGAUUUUUUGUGUUCAGAAAGCUGGGCCUGCAUGUAACCAAUCCUGAAGUACUUUAAAAAUGUAGCAGCUUGUUUCUUCAGCAGUGGGAGCUACUACAGUAGAAGGGGCAGCCCACCCAUGAGGCAAGGUAAGGCAACUGCCUCAGGUGGCAGGAUCUACAGGGGCAGCAGAUCUGGCCUCCAAGUAAUACAUCGCCUGCUGCUACUGCUACUUCCACAGUGGCAGCAACAGCUGCUGCUCCUUGGAGGCCGGAUUUGCUUCUGCCUGCACAGUGACCUCAUGGCAAACAGGAGGGGGCUGCUGGUCUGCUCCCACCUCUAGGGAAGAAAUGGCAUGGGCUGCUUUCUGGGUUUUCGUGGGCUCUGUUCCUGCCCACCAUCAUUCAGACCAAGCCCCAAGCCCCUUUCCCCCUUGGAUCAAAGGCAUCACCUUUGAUUACCACUUGAACCAUUGGGUAAGGUUGAUUAAAUAUUCCCCUCCCUUGUUCCCUAUGUAGAGCUUCACUCCCCACCUGUUUCCAAUGUAGAUCUUCAUUACCCGCCGUUCCCCGAAGUAGAUAUUUAUAACCCCCUUGUUCCUGAUGUAGAUCUUCUUCCCUGGUGCCAAGAUGUGUUGGGCUGGCCCUGGCAGAAACAAUAGGCAAACCUGAAACGCAUCCUAUGGUUUUCCCCUCAUCUGUACAUACCAUGUUUUUAGGACCCAGCUAAUAGGUGCUGCUAAAUCCUGUUGAAAUCAAUAGGACGUAGGCCUGCGGAAUUGCAUCUUCAAGCUAAGGAUUUUCUUGUUUCUUAAAAUGGAAUGCAAUACUUUAAAAAUGAUUGAUCUUUGAAGUCGUGUUGUGAUGUAUAUCAUUGCCCUGAAAGAUAUUUUAAGAGAUUGUGUUGUUGUUUUUUUAAAAAGGCUGUGUAUAUGUUGCACAUGUCCUUUAACAAUGGAUUACUAAUGUGUUGCUGUAAAAAUUGGCAGGUGAUUUUCUGCAAAAUCUGAACAAUGUUAAAAGCUUUGACAGAUUUCUUUAAUUCUGGUUUGGAAUCUCCAUAUCUCUUCUGGUUUGGAAUCAAGCAAAGAGUAGUUUCCAAGCAUUUAGAGAUGUGUGGGAACAAGAUUCACCCAAGUUAAACCCCUGUUGUCAGUGAUUCAGUUGCAUUACAGCAACUUGAAAAAAUCGCGGUUGUGAAAUGUUUAUACUUGUUGACUCUCUUGUUUCAAAACAAGUUUGGGGAAUUAGUUGUUGCUUCUUUGUGAUCUAAAUUGAGUGUGUAUAAAUCCCUGUGCAUUUCUAAUCUUUUUUGGACAGUACUUCGGAUUUAUUCUUUCUUGUUUUAUGGGCCAUUGAUGUUCAGUGGGAUAGAUAGUCUGUUUAGGCUGUCAUACCAAAAACACCCAGCAUAGUAAGCCCACCAAACAUUGUGAGACUUACUUCUGAGUAAACAUGCAUCAGAUUGCACUGUGUAUUGAAUGAUAUAGCUUAAUUCUAGGAACAUUAUCUUUCUCUUCCCCAUACAUUACUUGUAUUGUUUUGUAUAGAUGUGCAAGAUAAGAAUAUGAAAAUUAAUGUGUGAUUAUUAUUAGCUUUUGAGUAGUGGAUGCAUGUAUUGUGGUGGAAAAAAUGGUCACACGAAGUCCCAUCAUUUUAAGGCAUAAAACCUGGUUAUGCCAGGUGUCCAAAACUUGCAUUAAUUUCUCUGAGGGUUUUUAUUUUGUUUUUAUUGUAUUUUGUAUCACAGGUGUAUUUGAUGUCCUGGGCUACUUUGGGAGGAAGGGUAGGAUAUAAAUUUGAUAGAUAGAUAGAUAGAUAGAUAGAUAGAUGAUACAUGAUAGAUAGAUAGAUAGAUAGAUAGAUAGAUAGAUGAUUGAUAGAUAGAUAGAUAUAGAUAGAUAGAUAUACAGUCAAGUGUGUCUAACCAUAGAAGAGAAGCAAGACACUACUUAGAUAUUGGAGGAAACACAAUAAAUUCCAAACAGUUGAUUCCUGUGUUUUCAGUCCCAGGCUUUUCACAUUAAGCCACACAGCGUCCCAUAACUUUAUCUUGCUACUCUUGUCUUUCCUGAGUCCAAAUAUUUUGGGUUCCUGUUUGACUUGCAGUUGAACUUCAUUAGCUUAAUGUCACUGCACUAUUUAUUUUUUUCCAGUGCCCUGGCUGCAGCCAAAAUGGCUCUCUUGUUCUAAGAGCAAUUUUUCUUCUUCACAGCUUUCUCCAGUGUUUCUGUCAUCAAAAGAAAUAGCAGAAGUAUGGUUUGCUGUAGUGUAUUUAAUGAUAUAUAGCAAAUAUAAUGGAUGCUAUUCGUUAAGAACGGAUCAGUGUUUAUGCUACCCAGUACCGGUAUUUGAAAAGUCAUAUAAUACUAAAACAGUCUUCUUCUAGUUGGUGCCUUACAGAUGUUUUGGAUUACAGCUCCCAUCAUCCCUUUCCGUUGGCCGUGCUGACUUGGGCAGAUGGGAAUUGUAGUUCCAACAUCUGGACAGGUAGAAGGUUGAGGAACACUAGCUGCAGUGCCUGCAAUACAUUGGCAUUUUAUCUGUCAUUUCCAUAACAUCCUACACUACACUAUGCAAAGUACUUCACACUCUUUAACCACAGAAGAACUAUUGAUUGUUCUGAUUUUACAGAUGGGGGACUGAAGCUUAAAGUAAGUGAAUUAGCUAGAGCUGCCUAUCUGGUAGUUCAUGGCUGAAGUAGGGCUUGAACAUGAAUCUUUUUGUCUGCCAGAUGAUAGAGAUUCCAGUGGUAGAGGUCAGGGCUCUGGUAGUACAGUGGAACCGUGGUUACUGAACGCCUCCAUAGUUGAACGUUUCGGCUUUUGAACACUGAAAACCCAGAAGUAACUGCUCCGGUUUUUGACCGAUUUUCAGCAGCCGAAUGUGCUAUGCGGCUUCCAUUUUGAGUUUCCCUAUUGUAUUGAGGCUUCCGUAUUGAGUUUUCAGUUAUGAACGUUUCAGAAGUUGAAUGGUCUUCCGGAGUGGAUGACGUUCAAAAGCCGAGGUUCCACUGUACAUGGAUGGGUGACUGCCUGCAGACUGCAUGAUGGAAGAAAGGCGGGAUAUAAAUCUUAGAAAAUAAAUAAAUAUCACAAUUCAUGAAAUUUACACUGAUGUGAAAUGUUCAUGCCAUCCGUGUUAGGUGGCAUGAUGGUUUCAUGACUGGGCUAUUAAUUGAAUAUGGCUAUUUCUCUUUUUAGAUUAUAGGUUUUGUCUUGGUUUUAUAGAGGGAAUUAUUUGUUUUCUCUGGGGGUUUUUAAGAUAUGUAUUUCUGUCUUUCUGACAUUUGUUUGGGUAUACAAAGUAACGUGAAAGUAAAUAAAUAAAUGUAAAAUCAACAAAGGGUGGUGUUGAACUGCAUUUUACUCAGAGGCAGAUUUAUUGAGAUUCAUGCGCCUAACCAAGCCAUGUUCAUUAAUUUCACUGGGUUUACUCUAAAUAAAACAGUUGCACUGUAAGUGAUUUUAAUAUUAAUUUAAAACAAUGUGCAUAUAGAUAAAUAUUUGCUCUUCUUUCUCAGAAUACUAGGACUCAUGGUCACUUUCAGUAGAUUCCAAACAAACAAAAGGAUGUGGUUUACAUAAUUAACUUGUGGAAAUUUUUACUGCAGGGCUAUAUAGAAACAUUAAACUGGAAACAAAGCCCAUAUUCCACAGCAUCCUAUGUUUUCUCUGUGGCUGCUUGAUUGACAGUACCAUAUAAGACCAAACGUGUCAUUAUUACAUAACAAAGAGCUCCUUCACCUACCUUGCACAGAAAAUUAGCUUGUGAGGAACUACCUUCAAGGCUAGCCUUUUCUGUGAAAUUCUGUGAAAUAUGGUCUAAGUACAUCAAGCUCUCUAGUUGCAACAACUACAGUAUAAUAUUUGUCCUCAGGCACUGACUAAUGCUGCAGUGCUUAAUCAGUUGAGUUACUGUUUACCUUCUCUUAGUGGAAACUUGUUGUACAGGAUAACAUUUCAUUUGGCAUCUUCCGUAAGUGGACAGUUACCUCAUUGUGCCUUAUCGGUUCAUCUCUGUCCUACCUUACACCUAGCUACAGAAAGACGGUGUUUGCUUCUUUGAAAGAAAAUACUAUUUGUCCAAGUCAUUAGGAUCUGUGAAGUUUUUCUAGGUAGCCCAUCAGUUGUUAACAAAAUAUGCAGAUGAUGGGGUCCAGAGCAGGAUUCUUCCUAGAAUAAAUUAUAAGCUCAAACAAAAAUGGCAGAUCCCUGGCCCUGGCCAGUUUAGCACUCCAAGGACCCGGGCAAGUAUACCUGGCCACCCCACUCUCUGCAUGGGUUUGCUCUCCUUGUUUCAUGACCUAGCCCUACUUUGGUGACUUGGUGGAAGAGUCUUUUACUCCCUGGUUUGGUCUUGAACCCUUAUUCUAAGGAGGACUGUGUGCUGACCCUUCAGCUCAUGGGUGUUGUGGAUGCUGUGUGUUGUGUAGGCUCUUCUUCCUUUCCUCUGUGUUGUGCUCUAAAACUGUGCUCGUGAGCAGCAUCAGGAGAUGCAAACACCAGCCCUGCAGUCUAGCCUGGGUAGUGGCAAUAGCAGGGUUGCUGCUAGCUAGGUCACUGCAGCUUACGGAGUGGGGGCUUUAUGGAGUCGCUUUGUAUGUUGGGUGUUGUAAUGCAGGAUUUGUGUGCUGGUGGCAUGUCCUCAUUCUUGUGUGGCCGUUGUCUUCGUCUGGCUGUGGGCUGCUUGUGGCCAUUGUUGCAGGCACUGAUACGUGAGCUUUACUGAUGAUGCUGGAUGUGCACUUGCUGUCUCUCCCUCCUCAAUUAAUCUGCUGUUUGGGGAUUCUCUCCCCGCCCCCAUAUUUCCCCCUUUUGGUUGAGUGAGUAUUGGAUAUGGCUGCUGUUUCAACGGUGUAGCUGUAGUUUGGAGUGCAGGAUUGCUAACUGACUUAUUUAUUUAUUAAAUUUAUAUACAUUGGUACCUCGGGUUAAGUACUUAAUUCCUUUCAGAGGUCCGUUCUUAACCUGAAAUUGUUCUUAACCUGAAGCACCACUUUAGCUAAUGGGGCCUCUUGCUGCUGCCGCACCGCCAGAGCACGAUUUCUGUUCUCAUCCUGAAGCAAAGUUCUUAACCCGAGGUACUAUUUCUGGGUUAGCGGAGUCUGUAACCUAAAGUGUAUGUAACCUGAAGCAUAUGUAACCUGAGGUACCACUGUAGUGCCCUUUCUCCCAAAGGAGCCCAGGGCAGCCACCAGAGUACGGGAUUGCUCAGUAGUGGCUAGCAGGGAGCACAGAUCCUGACUUCCUUCUGGUGGCAUUGGUGCUGUGUACCAGAAUGGUCAGAGGGCAAGGCAUAGUGGCUAUUUUGAGGUCAGAGCAGUUCAAGCACAUUGGUGGAACCAAUUAGCUCUGACCUUGCUAUUGCUCUGACCUGUCCCUCAUUGCUCUAGCAUAUGUAAUUCUCCCCCCCCUUUUUUUUAACACAGUGGAAGUACUUUAAAUAUUUUUAAAUUAUUAUUUUUUGUCUGCUUCCAGGUAGUUUCAGUCAAUUCAGAGUGAAUUUAGCAGUUCCUGUUUAGGCAAGCCCUUUAUUCUCUUUCACAAUCUCCCAGCAAAACAAAAGCGGCGAGCUUCCCCUCUUUGGCUCAGUUCCAGUUUUAACUUCAGUUAAAUUACACCUGCGAUGUAAAAAAUGAAGUGUCCAAAACAAUUCUAUCUUGUAUAUUUUCUUUUGCACAAGUUAUCCACGUGUUGAGGUUUUGCUUGUGCAGGGCCCAAAAACUAUCUUGCUUAAAUCAACUUGGUGAGAGAUUAAUAUUUAGCUAUGUGUAGUGGGUUGGAUGUUUGCUUGGGGUUUGAAGCGUUAAACUUGACACACUUACUCACUGACCUCCACUAAAGAUUUUUUGGUAUCUUGUAAAGAAAGCAAUGCCCAGUGGUGGAUAAGAAGGUGACAAAUUAAAUUUAAUCUGAAUUAAAGUGGUGCGCUCCUUUCUAAGCGUACAGUUUAAACUGGGUAUUUGGAACCUGUGGCCCUCCAAAUAUUGCUGGACUCUAGAAAAUCAGUCCUAGCUAACUUGGCCACUAGCCAGGGUUGUAGUGCAACAUCUGGAGGAAAACAGGUUCCCAGUCUCUGCCUUAAAAAUAAAAAGCUUCAGUGGUGUAGCUUAAGGUAUGUCAACUAUGUUUACUUCCACAGGCAUGAUUGGCAUGUUAAACUCUGCAUGUUAAUGUGGUGAUCGAAUCACCGCUCCGUAGUUUCCUGAGCUUGCAGCGAUCCUUCUUCACCCUGCAAGGACUGGAGUUGCCUCUAAACUGAUAAUUACCAUUGCUUCUUUCAAAUGCCUGCUUUCUCCUCAGCACUCCUUUUCAGUCUCUCUAGCCUUUUCAUGUGCUUCCCAUACUUACUAUUGUUGACAGUAAGCACUGUUACAAAUCUUUUUCAUAUAUCUUUUAGGGAGCAAUCCCAGGUUUCCCGAAGAGGGCAACUGUGGAGGCUGCUGAACUUUUCUGUUGUCGUCAGACAGGGAGGCAGUCGGAGAAGGAGAUUCACUGCUUCUUGAUUGCUCGGGGGUUGAAUGGAGCAGGUGGCUUCUGGAAAACCUUGGUUUUCCCUGACAAACCAGCCGGAAAACUUUGCCAGCUCUGGAGUGGCAUCAUCAAUUUGCCCUCAUUGUGGUAAAUAGAAGGGGAAUUAAGAAAAAAACCAUGAACUCUCCCUCCUCAGAUCUCCGUGGCUUUCUCUGUUUAUAUUUUUGCAGUGUCUUAAUUCUACUUAAUAAGAUUGUCAGCUCCAUUUAAAUAGCUAAAGUCUAGUGUAGGUAGUUUAAUUAUCCAAGACUAGUGAAUGUUACAUGUGGUUGGUAAGCUAACCAUGCUAAUCUAGCUGACCGUUCAGUCUCAGUGACAAGUUGCUGAACUAUUUGCAAAAUUAUCUGAAAUAAUCAAAGAGCUAUUAGUUAUUUAGAUAAUGACUGUGCACCUUUUGCACGGAUGUUUUAGUUAUAUAAUAAUUUCACAUUGUUAACACAAACGGGCACACACACCAUGUGCCAUGUGUUAAGAGGAGAAAUAGUAAAAACAAUUGUUUCAGUUGUUUACUAAUGUUUCUGGCUUGUAAUUUUGUGCUUCCUUUGGAAACGUUUCAGAGCAUACAAAGGUGUUCUGACAAAGGUUAUUAUGUUUUAUCAAAGUGCUUUCAGUAGGGAUUAGGAUUGCAGUACGAUCAUGUGUCGUAAAAGAAAAGCUUUUGUCACAUGGUGAAAAAGGUUGUUAUGGAAACCAGCUCUGCCUCCAUUGCUCUGUUACUGGGAACAAAGUUCAGAAAAAGCUCUUGCUUUUAUCCCGUUUACUGUGUAAUAUGUACUGUACAGAUGAGUCCUAGGAAUUUGAAUCCUUGAUUUAUCAAAGGCAGAGAAUUUAGUAGCUGCUGUACCUAGUACCUUUUUAUGGUUAGGUGUGUGUUUUUAAAUAACACUUUCUUGAGCCACUUUUAGUUUUCUAAAUUGAGCAUAACACCACUGAGUUGCAACUGAAUUGUAUAAGUGGUAUGGCAUGAAAGUUGAUAAAUAUUCCAUUCCUGUUAGGUUUAGAUAAGUAUUGUGAAAUAUGUCAUCAGCUGGUCAUGUUAAAUAUAUUUGAAAGAGUGCAGCCUUCGGUGUAACUUUGCCAGGUCUCCUUGCAUUGAUUAUUGUUUUGGUGCAUAAGAAGAAUCUCUUAUCAGCUGGAACUGAAUGGAAUUUAAUGUUCAUUAAAAAAAACACACCUUGUGCACUUUCACUUUGACCCUGCAGUGGAGAUUUGGGUGCAGAAAUAAGUUUCUGUGUAUACAGGCUGUAUUAAAUUUGGGUCUUUCAAUUGGAUUUGUAAAAAGGAAGCCAUUUGUGGUCGUUUUGUAGAACUUAAGCGUUGCACAUCGUUAGUGUAUAAUGAGAAGGCUGCUUUUUUCUGUGUGGACUGUAUUGUGGAGUGUUGCAACAUAAGAGGCCCACAUGAAAGCAAGGAAAAAGAGAAUUUAUAAACAGAACUAAAGUUCACCAGAGGUCUUGGAAGAAGGGUUGACAGUUUUAAUUAGUUGUUAUAAAGUGUAUGAAGUUACAACAAAUGCCAACCUGUUUUCAGUUUCUUUUGAACCAAAGUUUCCAUUCUGAAGCCCAUCACUUAGUUCACCAUGUGCUUUGGACAUGUCCCUCGCACAUGACAGAUAACUGGUGACAGGUAACCAUAAAUAGUAGUUCUUGCAGAGCAUUAUACACAUGAAUGUACCCCUUUGAAGACACUUGUUUUUAUUUUUGUUGGCCCUAAACUUCCUGUUAGGAACUGAACUCCCAUAAGCAGCUUCUACAGUAUCUUUUAAAGUACCUUUUAAAGAUGGAGCCACACAGUAUCAUGGGAGUGGGAAACCUAUGGACCUACAGAUGUAACUCUGAUACUGUAGCCCUUCAGAUCUUUCUGGACACCAGUUCCCAUCAGCCCCAGCUUGCAUGACCAAUGGUCAGCAAUCAUUUGACUGAUAUGAUUGCUGCCUGGGGCUGAUAGGAACUGGUGUCCAGAAAUGUCUGGAAGGCUUAUCGUAUCAGAUGCCAAAAAUGACAGAUCAACUUUACCCGGGUGAUAAUAAAGAUGCACAUUUUCUUCCUCCUUUUCUGCAUCAUUAUUUGGAAGUUCACACUGGAGACGUGAACAAUAUGCAACGAGAGUGCUGCAGGGGUUUCCCAGGUGGGUUAAACAAAAUGGGAUACAUUAGCACCUGCAGACUCCAGUGUUUCAGAGGGAGGGCUAGAUACAAGACCCAUAACAGCUUUGCUGGCUCACCCAGUGCAUAUGCUGUAGAAUGACUAUGAUAUUAGUUGUUGAAAUCCAUCUCUUGUUCAGAAACAGCAUACCAUGGUCUAGUGGCUGCCACAGCCCUCUUUACUGCAGUGGGAGAAGUUGCUCCAAACCGUUUUUGAUAUCGCAGAGAUAAGUUUGUGGAUGUGGAGUUUUGUGCAUGCAUCCAAGAUCUUAUUUAUACAAGGAAAUGCUGGAUCAGAACCAUGUGCUUCAGACACAGUUGCAUUUCUGCUUUAAGUUCCAUUGGACCCAAUAAAACACUGAGGCCUCUGCAUUGGUGUUAAUUGAAAAGAACUUGCAGAGCAACAUAUUGACUCCAUAGUAAAGCCCUUUAGCAAGAGCUGGCUAAUUAAAGGAGAAAACAUUUUCAGAGAGGCCUCACUUUCUCAUUGGGCAAGAAAGAUUGAUUAAAACUCAACUUUUCUUUGACUAGUGAGAGCAAAAGAGCCGUGUAUAUAUUUUAGUUGGGUCAAUGGAGCAUCAUGGGAAUAAGCAGAAUGAGUUAGAUUAGAUUAUUGCAGAGCAGAUAUUUAUUUUAAUGAGGAGAUAGAUGGGAAAAGAAUAUGCUGUCAUGAACUUGUUUAGUUUAAACUUAAAUUAAUCUCAUAACCUUCUUAGUGAUAAGAGGAAAGCACUUAAAGGAAUCCCUUUGCAUUGUUAAAAGGGCUUUAGACCCAAUUUUAAAUGGACCCAUAAGCGUUAUUACGAUAUCUUAUCCCCAACCAAAUUGCUGAUCUUUCCUGUGAGGAAAUAUAUGAAGCUUUAUUUCAGCUUUAAAGAUAAAAGGUUUAUGUACAUUGUUGAACUAUUAACCAAUGUUUAGAUGCACCAAAUUAUUUUAAGAGAAAAGAUUAUUUAUCCUGUGCUUUCCUGACUUAAUCUCAACUUCCUACAAACUGCUGCUCUCUGAAGACAUUACAUAAAUUUUAUAGCCAGGAUAGUUGUGCUUUAAAUUCACAAUUGUUUUAAUGUCAAACAUGUCUUCAGACCAUAAAAUGUCAAAUAAUGAAACCAAAUUCUUCUCCAGUGUAAGCAAAUUUUUGCCAAUAGAGCUUAUGCCAAAGUGAUAGUUUAAAACUUUCGGUUGUUUGCUUAAGUCAGGCAUGGUCAAAUUUGGCCCUCCACCUGUUUUGGGACUACAACUGCCAUCAUCCCUAGCUAUAACAGGAGCAGUGGUCAGGGAUGGUGGGAAUUGUAGUCCCAAAACAGCUGGAGGGUCAAGUUUGGUCAUGGCUGGCUUAGAUCUACCAAAUGCAAUCUACAUACACAAACAGGUCUCCCACUCAUAGAUCUGUGGUACUGGAAUAGCCUGCUGUCUGGGGUGGCAAGUGGAGUCUGUGUGGUUAGGGUGCAAGUCUGUGGGCAAAAGCUGGGAAACAAAAAAUUCUUCAUCAACAACUUCUCUCAUUCAUACGGCAGCUUUGAUCCUUUGCUACUGAAGCUGCCAUCCUACUACCAUUGGGAAAUUAGUAAGUCACUGUAGAACUGAAAACAGCAGUACUCUUCUGAAACCCAUAACACCUGGGUUUCUUUUAAAGGUUCUCCUAAAUACAGGAAGCUGCCUUAUACCGAGUAAUAUAAUGGGACUAUCUAGUUCAGUGUUGUCUAAAUUGAUUGGCAGUGGCUCUCCAGGGUUUCAGAUUGGAGUUUCUUCCAGCUCUACCAGGAAAUGCUAGGGUUUGAACCUGGGACCUUUUGCAUGUAAAUCAGAUGUUCUACCAUUGAGCUGUGGCCUUUCCUUCCAAAAACAACAGUAAUUCACUAAACACAACUUGUGGAUUUGGUGCUUAUGGAUCAUCAUCAUCAUUAUUGCAGUCAUGGACAGCAAAAACAGGUCACUGUUCAGCUCCUUGUACUUAAUAUUUGGCUUGGCGCAUCAUAAGUUAUGGCUUUCUCUCCCACUAUUUAAGUAACAUAUAAAUAGUUGCCCAGGAAUUAUAUAUUGAUAUAAAUUCAAUUACUUAAAAAACCUACAAAUAGCAACAUGCAAUAAGUAAUAUAAGAAAUAACACAUAACCAGAUAUUUCAAAGAUUAGAAUCCAGUGAAGCCACAAGCCAAACCUUGGCUUGCAGUAACAGCAGUCUUCAAGGAAAUAAUAGGAAUAAAUGUAUAAAAAGUCCACUUGGCUACAGAGAACAAAUUUCAUGGUUCUUUUUUACAGUAGCGGAAACAUAGGAAGUAGACACAUCAUGUUCUCUAGAUAAGUGCUGUGAAGUUACAUUUGAGUGGAACACUUACAUUCAAAUUUCUGCAUGGUGUUUAUAUUAUUUGAGGACCUUAUAUUUUCACUGUGAAUAAAAUAGCAUAGAAAGUAUGCAACAUUUUAUAGAAAACAUGAUUUCAUCUCCAUUUGGAUCUGUUUAUCAUAAAAAUCUUGAAUGCAUUAGCAGUUCAGUUUAUACGAUUCAUGAAUACUUUACACCUUCUAUAUUUUCAUUUUUACAUAGCAGCAGUACAAUGGGUAUAUUGCUUGAACUAGAGGUGUGCAAAAAAAAUCCAAUCUGUUUCAGUAUGCCAUUCAUAUUCAUUACAACUUUGAUAUAAAUUCAUUACAAUUUCAUUAGUUUUGUAAUUCAAAUUCAACUUCGCUACAUAAGCUAUCUUUGCUAUACAUUGUGUCAUUUUUGUACAUUUUUUGGGGAAAUGGUAACUACCUUUUUUUUGGUGGGGGAGAACAGUGCAGGAAAACAAUACAGCAUCUGGAGCAUGGGGAGGGGGUGGGUGGCAGCUGCCAGGAGUAGCUACUUGUUCCUGUUGCCACUCAAGGCAGCUAAUCUCCCAUGCCCAUCCCAAAUGGUACAAAUAAGCAAGGAAUGGGCUCCAUUCAGUUUAAGCUUUCCUUUAUUCAAAACGAAUUCAUAGUCCUACAUUCCUUUUGGUUCAGUUCCUUGUAAUGUAGUCAAUGAAAUAUGUUGGUUUGUCAUCUGUAUUGUGGUAGGUUAUUCAUUUAUCUUCCAUUCUCUCUCUCUCACUCACUCUCUCUCUCUCACACACACACACACACACGAACACGAACACCAAUUUCUACUGGCAAUAAAAGCAUAUGUAUGAUUUUCAGAGAAAGAGACAGGUCAUGGCUCUGGCAUGAGAUUCUGUAGGCUGUUCUAGUUAUCUCUGUACUGCAGCAUAUAAUUAUUUGGUUAUGAAGUCACUUAAAGACCUCUUAGCCUUUCAGAUAAUAUACUGAUAAAUUAUGUUUUGUAAAUUUGCUCUGUUCCAUUUUAGGUUCUUUAGAGAGCUUGAAGCAAGGCAUCAGAAUAAUAUCUUCAUAGAUGAUAUCAGUGAUAUUGUGGAAAAGCAUACUGCAUCAACCUUUGACCCUUAUGUGAAAUAUUGCACAAAUGAAGUCUACCAGCAGCGAACACUCCAGAAACUACUGUAAGUAAUUGAAGUUGCUAUUUAUAUCAUGGGUAUGCAAUCUGUUUUUUAUCCUGAUGAGCCCAUUUCCUUCUGUAAAAUCUUCCAGUGGGGCCACAUGGGUGUGGUGAGUAGAGCCAAAGGCAAAGCAACAAAUGUAAAUUUUACGUUUCCACUAUUGGGUAAUUCCAAGACUAGCAAAGAAGCAUUAUAAGAGUUCAGCAGCAUAUAUCCAGACAGGCAAAAACACUCAAGGAGGCCGAAAGGUAGGGCAAGUAAAGAGUAUAGCCUCGGGAGAGUCCCAGGGACCAUAUACCUUGGUUCCCAAAUGGCUUAGCUGCUGAACAAAUCGGCUCCGAAAUGCCACAAACCCAGAAGUAAGUGUUCUGGUUUGCGAACGUUUUUCAGAAGCUGAACGUCCAACGUGGCUUCCGCUUGAGUGCAGGAAGCUGCUUCAGCCAAUCGGAAGCUGCUCCUUGGUUUUUGAGCAGUUUCAGGAGUCGAACGGACUCCCGGAAUGGAUUAAGUUCAAGAACUAAGAUACCACUGUAGAGAGUUCUGGAGGACCAAGUUUCCACCUGGGCCUGAAGUUCCCUUUCCCUGAUAAAUGAAAUAGCCCUUUUAAUUCAAAUGUUUGCAACUUAAAAGGACAAGGUCUGAAUUAGGCAAUUAAUUAUUCAUAAUUCAUAGUUCCUUAAUAUGUUCUGCUUCAUUCAGCAGAACUCAUGGAGGGAGGUGGGUUGUACUAGCUGCAGAGAUCUUGAUUUUGCUCAAAUCCUGCAUUUAAUGCUAUUACUGGAGAUUUGAGAGAUUGAUUACACACACACUCACAGGAGAGUUCAGAUGAUAAUAUUUUGACUUAAUAUGCCAAAGCACGAACAAGCCCUUUGUCCGAAAAUGGCAAGCAAACUCCAAAGUUCUUCAGUGAACUAUAUUUUACUAAACUGGAAGAAGUUUCUAGUUAAUAGCUUCAGAACAAAAGUUGGGAUAUUUAGCCAGCUUGAAACCACGGUUGAAUAUCCCUGCCUUGUUCUGAAGCUGCUAACAACACUUUUCCAGUUUGGGUGGAAUGGGACACCAUAGCUAAUGGAAGGAAGGAGUUCCUGGUUUGUUUACUGGUUUAGGCAAAGGGAAGAAUGAAGGGUCUGUGCACGUAGGCUAAAAACUCAUUCAUGUGUCAGCUUAUUGAGCAGAAAUGUGGCCAUAGAAUUGCAUGUUCCUUGCCUGUAAAUGGUUUCUAUAGAUGCAAAAUGGUACAAGGCAUUGAAGGAGUUUCCAGCUGCUGAUCCUCAAACCCCAUUUCUUCACCAGUCCAUCCUCUUGUUCACCUUUCCCCGCAGCCUCUUAUGAAUUUGUCCUGUAACAAACAAGAGAGGAAAGUAGUUGAGGAAUUUGGUGAAUGAAGGACCAGAGUCCAUUGGCAGAGCAAUGUGCUUUGCAGGCAGGAGGUCCCAGGUACCGUUUCCAACAUCUAAAGAUCGGGCUGGGAAGAGACCUCUGUUUGAAAUACCAAAGCAUCUGCCAGUCAUUGUAGACAGUAUAGAGCUUGAUGGACUCAGUGUAAGGGAUCUUUCUGUGUUCCUUAGUUCCUAUCAGUGACACAGGAGAAGCAGUGCCUACUGUUUCAUGAUGUAUUUCCAUGUGUAGAAACCUAGGAAGCUUCCUUAUACUGAGUCAGACCAUUGGUCCACCUAGCUCAGCAUUGUCCACACGAGGUUGGGGAAUCUUAGGCACAGAAAAGCAUCAGCACAGUUUCUGAGAAAGUACCUGACAAACAACCGAACAAAAAAUUCAUAGGAUUCAUAAGUAACUUCUAAAUUAAUUCUCUCUUUAAAAUUAUUGUUGUUUUUGGUUAGGGCUACGAAUCCAGCAUUCAAGGAAGUAUUGUCGCGGAUUGAGUCCCAAGAAGAAUGCAGAAACUUACCUAUGAUUUCUUUCCUCAUUCUCCCAAUGCAGAGGGUCACGCGACUUCCGCUGCUGAUGGAUGUAAGAGCGGCAUAUUUCAAACUGUAUAUCUGUAUUUAAAGUUGGUUUUAGAAACCAUGCUUUGUCUGCUGCCACCACCAUUUUAGCUCAGCUUUUCGUUACACUUGAUUGCCUUGUUGUUAAGAAAAAGUCUAGGUUUUCCUGUUCAUUUUUGGCAUGAGUGUCCAUUGCACCGGGUGCCCUGAUUUGGACAUUGUUAACACCUCAUGUCUGCUCAGGCAUGCGAUCGCUGGUCUGAGGGAGACUUUCUGCUGGGCAGCCUAGGUCCCAUCAACCUCUCUGGGAUUUAGGUAUAUUAACUGUGUGUUGGAUUGCAGUCAUUGUUUUUCCUGCACUCUUGCCAGUAAUGGGCCUUACUUCUGUCCCUGUAUUUGAUGUUUCUUUGAUGAAGGAUGACUAUCAAUGGUUACUUGUCAUGAUGGUCAUAACUCCAUGCUCAGAUGCACCAUGCUUAUAGGCAUCUGGUUGUCCACUGUGGGAAACAAGAUGGCGGCCUAGAUAGACCUUUGGCCUCAUCCAGCAAAAUUCUUUUUAUGCUGGGACUGUUUUAUUAUUAUUAUUAUUAUGGGAAUGUCAUUACAGUGGUACCUCGGGUUUCAGACACCUCGGGUUAGAAACACCUUGGGUUACAGACUCCACUAACCUGGAAGUAGUACCUCGGGUUAAGAACAUUACCUCAGGAUGAGAACAGAAAUUGUGUGGUGGCGGCGCAACGGCAGCAGCAGGAGGCCCCAUUAGCUAAAGUGGUCCCUCAGGUUAAGAACAGUUUCAGAUUAAGAACAGACCUCCAGAACUAAUUAAGUUCGUAACCAGAGGUACCACUGUAUUUACUUGUAAAAUACUGAAGCAAUGGCUUUUAUAGCUGAACGUCGCAAAACAAUUCUCAGUUUAAGAGGGGAAAUUAUAUGAAAUAAGUUUUCAUAGCAGUUUCAAGUAAAAAAUAGUCAAUUUUAAACCAGUUGUCAUAUGUCUAAAGUAAUGCUCCAUCAGCUAGGAUGUAAUUAGGAGAAAGCACUAAUUUACUUCUGUGAAAGCACUCUGUUGAGAACUUAUGUAAAAGGCAGUCAAAUUUAAGAAAUCUAAAAUAUAGUUCUUAGUCAUCUUAAUUGCUAACAUUCCCUUUUUUAAAUAAAUUGCUGCGCGUCGGGGUUUCAGCCUUAACACUUGAUGCGAAAAUAAUGUUUCGUUGAGAGGUGUUUCCCAAAAUAAAUCCUCAUCCAGACACUUCAGAGUAUUUAAAAUUGAUUGCACAUAGCAAACAGAAAGAGCUGAAAUUUGUAUUUGUUUAGAAGAAGAGGAACAUCUCCAACAGGUAUCAGAAUAAGACACUUGUCUGACAUAGUAGGAGGGAGUUCAGGUAGGUGCUGCUACAAUGAAGGCUUGAUUCUGACAUCAGAGCUGUAUAUGGAUUUGCACACGUGUACCAGCACCUUGAACUUAGCUCAGAAGCUAUUUAGCAGCCUAUGCAAUAAUUUCAGCUUUGGCAUAAUUGUGAUGGCAAUACAUUAAACUUUUAAAAGGAUAAAGUGUUUCACAAAGUUGAUACCCUGUUUACUUCAAAAACUUUACUACUGUUCCUGCUUAACGAUAGAGGCAAAAUCUAAACUGCAAAGGUCUGAGUUGCUCAGCAGGAGGUGGAUCUCCUGCCUCCAUAACUCUCUAUACCAAUCAGCACUAGGUCUGUUCUUCAUGAAGACCUUUUCGUUGUAAUUAAUUUUGCUCAGGUCUGUGUGCCAGAAAUUCAGGAAUCAUUAUUCUCCGAACUGCAUUCCGCCUGUAAAAGCAACAUACUGCAAGGGAACUGUUUAAUAUAGCGUUUUGGCUUCUCUCACAAAAAAACAUACUACGUCCCCCUCGUCAUUAGAAACAUAUAAGUGCAGGAUGUUUGCUUUGGUUCUGCUUUGUUUUCAUAGCUUGCUAAUGAAAGCAAGUCUACAAAAUGUUGAUGUAACGAUCAGACUCCUUUUACUUUUAUGGUGUUCCUCAGAAAGAGAAAUUUUUGAAUUACAUUUACUAUCUCAGAAGUUCUGAAUUGCAAAUAUAUUGGUGCUUCGCUAAUGAAAUACUUGGAAUCAGUUUCUUGUUAGAGUUGGCAUAGGAUGGGAAGCAGGCAUUUCCAUCUUGGAAGUAGAAAGGAAGGGAGGGAAGUGUGUUAAGUAUAACUGAAAAUGGGGUUUGGGGGACUUCUUCCUGGUUAGAGGUAAGAACAUAAGAGUUUGCUGAAUCAGGCCAAUGGCACAUCUAGUUAAGCAUCCUGUUCUCACAGUGGCCAAUCAUACACUUGUGAGAAGUCUGAAAGCAGGAUAUGAGCACAAGAGCACCCUGCCCCACCUGCAAUUCCCAACAGGUAUGCAGAGGCAUUGGAAGUAUUUGAGGAUUUCUGGAUGGGUACCAUCUGGACCCAGUGAUUUGCCAGCUUUUCUUUUCUCCGUUAGGCCUAGAGCUUAAUCUGUUGUCACCACUAGGUGUCUCAGACUCCCUUCCUGCAGAAGUUAGUUCAGGCACUGGGAUAUGCACUGUAUAUUUCAUCGUGAAGAGUUCAUUCAGCUUUUUCUGCAAUUCUCCUUUAGUACCACCUUUGACUCCCUUGUCACCCAGGGGUCCAACCACUUCCCUUAGUCAAUCAGAAGGUAAUCCUUCCCUCUUAUCAAGUAUUGAGACUGAGUUUCAAAUUAAUGGUAACUCCUGGAAAGAAAUAACAACAUACCUUGCCAUGUUCCCAUUGGUGCUCUGGGUGGUGGUACAUUUUGAUUCUUGAUAACAGAUCUUGGGAGAUCUUUGGCCCUCAUUGUGUUGCUGCACUUCAACUCCCAUCAGCAGUAGAAGGCAUGGCCAAUGGCUAGGAGUGAUGGGAGUUGCACUUCAGCAUCAUCUGGAGGGCGAGAAAUUCCCCACACAUGCCCUGCAAUAUUGAACUUUUCAGCUUUGUGCAAAUGCAAUAUGAAAUGCCGUAUCACUGUGAACCUUAAUUUACACCCCUCUAAAUAGGCUUACUCCUUGUUUCAGACUAUUUGCCAGAAAACGCCCAAAGAGUCACCAAAAUACGAAGCUUGCAAACGAGCUUUAAAAGAAGUAAGCAAGGUAGGUUUAGAGCCUCUGUUCUGUAUCCAUUGUCCAAACUUUCCGUAUAACUUUUUGAUGUUUUGGCUGAAGCCCAAUCAUGCACACUUACUUGAAGUAAGACUUGCUGAGCUCCGUGGACCACAACACCUACGUACAUUCCAUGCAGCUACAUUUCCAUCAGAAUUACAUGAGACAUUUCUAUUAAUGGUUGGUUUUUUUAGAAUCAUAGAGUUGGAAGAGACCACAAGGGCCAUCGAGUCCAACCCCCUGCCAAGCAGGAAACACCAUCAGAGCACUCCUGACAUAUGGUUGUCAAGCCUCUGCUUAAAGACCUCCAAAGAAGGAGACUCCACCACACUCCUUGGCAGCAAAUUCCACUGUCGAACAGCUCUUACUGUCAGGAAGUUCUUCCUAAUGUUUAGGUGGAAUCUUCUUUCUUGUAGUUUGGAUCCAUUGCUCCGUGUCCGCUUCUCUGGAGCAGCAGAAAACAACCUUUCUCCCUCCUCUAUGUGACAUCCUUUGAUAUAUUUGAACAUGGCUAUCAUAUCACCCCUUAACCUCCUCUUCUCCAGGCUAAACAUGCCCAGCUCCCUUAGCCAUUCCUCAUAAGGCAUCGUUUCCAGGCCUUUGACCAUUUUGGUUGCCCUCCUCUGGACACGUUCCAGUUUGUCAGUGUCCUUCUUGAACUGUGGUGCCCAGAACUGGACACAGUACUCCAGGUGAGGUCUGACCAGAGCAGAAUAAAGUGGCAUUAUUACUUCCCUUGAUCUAGAUGCUGUACUCCUAUUAAUGCAGCCCAGAAUUGCAUUGGCUUUUUUAGCUGCCGCGUCACACUGUUGGCACAUGUCAAGUUUGUGGUCAACCAAGACUCCUAGAUCCUUUUCACAUGUACUGCUCUCAAGCCAGGUGUCACCCAUCUUGUAUUUGUGCCUCUCAUUUUUUUGCCCAAGUGCAAUACUUUAUAUUUCUCCCUGUUAAAAUUCAUCUUGUUUGUUUUGGCCCAGUUCUCUAAUCUGUCAAGGUCGUUUUGAAGUGUGAUCCUGUCCUCUGGGGUGUUAGCCACCCCUCCCAGUUUGGUGUCAUCUGCAAAUUUGAUCAGGAUACCCUUGAGUCCAUCAUCCAAGUCAUUGAUAAAGAUGUUGAAUAAGACCGGGCCCAAGACAGAACCCUGUGGCACCCCACUAGUCACUCUUCUCCAGGAUGAAGAGGAACCAUUGAUGAGCACCCUUUGGGUUCGGUCAGUCAGCCAGUUACAAAUCCACUGAGUGGUAGCAUAGUCAAGACCGCAUUUUACCAGCUUCUUUACAAGAAUAUCAUGGGGCACCUUGUCAAAUGCCUUGCUGAAAUCAAGGUAGGCUACAUCCACUGUGUUCCCUUCAUCUACCAGGCUUGUAAUUCUGUCAAAAACGAGAUCAGGUUAGUCUGACAUGACUUAUUUUUCAGAAAUCCAUGCUGACUAUUGGUGAUCACAGCAUUCCUUUCUAGGUGCUCACAGACUGUUUGCUUAAUGAUCUGCUCCAGAAUCUUCCCUGGUAUUUUAGUCCAUUACAAAGCUGGAAAUGGAGAACAACAUGGCUCUUGGUGUAAAUAAUUUUUAAUAUAGGUUAAUUUAUGGCUGAAAUGCUUAACUAAAUCAGUAUGCCAUUGUUGUAAUGUCAGUGGCCUGAAUCUUUGAUGUUCUGAACUGCUUAACCCGGGAUAAUUGAGACUCUUGUCUGUCCCAGUUUUCCUGGAGAAAGAACAACACUCAAGGCUCAUAUCCAAAACUCAUUCAGCAAAAGCCACCGUUCCACAUAUUUUGGUACCUGGCUAAUUUCCACCAUUGGUGGAUCUUGAGCCACUUUCAUGCAGACCUCAGUGCCACUGCAUGUCGUGUGUCUUGUCAUUUGCCUUUACUAGUCUCCUGGCUGUGUCACAGCCUUUCGAUUGGACCAGUGCCAGCACCAGAAGCUCCUUGCAUGCUGAAUAAAUGUAGCAGAGAGAAAAAUUCAGCCGGGAGGAGGCAGGAAGGAAAUUCUCCUUCCUCUGAAUGAAAAGAGCCAGAAGAGGUGUUGAAGUAAAAAUAGAAACUGAUAUUAAAGGCUAAUAUUACUAAUUGUAAUUAGUAUGAUUUUAAAUAAAUGCAGAAUGAAAAGGAAGAGGAAAAGAGUGAGAGGCUUUUUUAGUGAGUAGGAUAUGUAAACAAUGAGGGGGAGAGAAAUGUUCACUGCUUGGAGGGAGGGAUAGGGCACAAGUUGAGUAUGAAAGAAUGGGAGAAGAAGUUACAGAAGAUGGGUGGAAAUUUUUAGAAGCAUGUGACAGUGGUAAGGAAUAAAGGAAAAACACUUCCCAUUGUUAGAGCCCCUGGCUCAGCAAAUUUUGCCUACACUGGCGAGGCUGAGUCACAGUACCUCCGGAGCAAACGUCUGUACUUAGUGGGAUGAAAGCUUGCCACAAGGAGAAGGCUGGCGAAGAAUUUAUCAAUUUCCAAUGAUGGGUUUAAUAUCAACAGAAUAUGAUGUCAGUAAUUGCCAGCUGAUUUUUGCCAAACUGCCUUGGUCUGCCACCAUUUUGUGACUGUUUCAAGCUCAACAACUUGGAUCCACCCCAGGUGCCAGUGUGGGUUGCUACACCGCUGAAAGGAGGUGUGGUUUCUCUCCCGCAAGCUGUGUUUUGCUGAAUAUACCAGGGUACUCACCACUAGGAAGUAUAUGGGUGAAUUUAUAGAGCCUUAGCUAUAUUACCUUCUUAUGGGCACCCAAAAUAUGGUGGAUUCCAACAGCUGCAUUAGUAAAGAGGAGCUUCCUUCACAAGCAGCCUGGCUUUUACAUAUCUCGCUAUUGCCUUGCAAUGAUCACCAGUGUUGUCAUGCAUUCCCCAGUCUAGUUCUUCACCUUUCAUCCCCUUAUUUCCUCUACUUAUUUCCUCAAUCAUAUAUUGUUGUUGUUUAGUCGUUUAGUCGUGUCCGACUCUUCGUGAUCCCGUGGACCAGAACACGCCAGGCACUCCUGUCUUCCACUGCCUCCCGCAGUUUGGUCAGACUCAUGUUUGUAGCUUCGACAACACUGUCCAACCAUCUCGUCCUCUGUCGUCCCCUUCUCCUUGUGCCCUCCAUCUUUCCCAGCAUCAGUGUCUUUUCCAGGGAGUCUUCUCUUGUCAUGAGGUGGCCAAAGUAUUGGAGCCUCAGCUUCACGAUCUGUCCUUCCAAUGAGCACUCAGGGCUGAUUUCCUUAAGAAUGGAUACGUUUGAUCUUCUUGCAGUCCAUGGGACUCUCAAGAGUCUCCUCCAGCACCAUAAUUCAAAAGCAUCAAUUCUUCGGCGAUCAGCCUUCUUUAUGGUCCAGCUCUCACUUCCAUACAUCACUACUGGGAAAACCAUGGCUUUAACUACACGGACCUUUGUUGGUAAAGUGAUGUCUCUGCUUUUUAAGAUGCUGUCUAGGUUUGCCAUCGCCUUUCUCCCAAGGAGCAGGCGUCUUUUAAUUUCGUGACUGCUGUCACCAUCUGCAGUGAUCAUGGAGCCCAAGAAAGUAAAAUGUCUCACUGCCUCCAUUUCUUCCCCUUCUAUUUGCCAGGAGGUGAUGGGAUCAGUGGCCAUGAUCUUCGUUUUUUUGAUGUUGAGCUUCAUAUAUAGCCUGAGCAAAUGCCCCACAGCUUCCCCCACCCUGCCCUGUUUUCUCUCUUUCCAUUUUGCUUGUGGAUCAAGAAGUAAGAACAGUAGGUAAAGACUUUGGGAUAGUUAAUUGUUUAUUACAACAACAAAAUCAGUAAAGCAUUAAGAAAGAAAAGAAGAAAAUAGGUACAUCAGAAUAUAGACACAUCAGAAGGGCUGGGUUUUUAUGUUUUGGAUAUAUGCAUUCCAACUUUUUAAAGUUGGACUUUGCCUAAGGCUAUGUGCAUUCUGGACUACACUUAAGUUGUUAAUAUGCAGGCAAAUUUCCACUUUUUAAAAUAGUGGGAUUUAGAAAGCAAAAAGCAAAAAGUAAUGUUAUGGGGGUGGGGGGAGAAAUAUGGAAAUUAGUUAAAUCAGAUACGGUUAUUGAGGGACAAGUUUGCAUGCUGAUGUUGCAAGGUAAUAUUAUUCAGGCAAUAUUGUGAGAGUUAACUGUGAGGACAGCAGAGUGAUGUGCAUAAAAUUCAGACCAGGAAAGAGGAGAAGAAAUUCCAUUUUACUUGCCUAGUACUGCUUCACCCUGUGAGGUUGUCACUAAAUUAUCACUGAUAAGCCUGACUUUUAUCUUUGGCUCAUAAAAAAUGCUUCUGAUGGCUUGCUAACAGUUUGCCAAAUAGUUCUCAGGCAGAAUAUACCCUUAAGGCCUUUUUAAAAAGUCUUUAUCUUCAUCUUCUCCAAAUUACUCAUUACUUGCACUGAAUUCAUUGGCUACUAGGGAGAAAAUAGCUUAAUAUGCCUCCUACACACAAAAUCGCUAGAAAUAGAAAUUGCUAACGUAACUGCUUUCUAUCGCAGAAGCUCCAGGUGGAUUCCUUCUCCCCUGAAAAUGGGGUAGGGUAGGUCUGUAAAGCCAUAAUAGGGACGUAUAUAGAAAUCACUUGCUUUAUUGCUGUUGUAGCGAGUAUUGGCAAAGGCAAUAGUGCUCACCAUCAAUAUCUUUCUUAAUGAUGCUUUUUGUGGGAAACGGUGUGAGUCGAUGGCCUACACUAUUGUGGUUCAGGAGUUUUGAUCAUUGCUUUAGGGGGGGAAGAACAAGAGAAAAAAUCUUAUAAACUUUCCAUCCCCCCCCCCCAAAAAAAAUUCUGUUCCUCACCAUGAUUUAUAAAAGUACAGUGGUACCUCAGGUUACAUACAGGAUGAGAACAGAAAUCGUGCUCCGGCGGCGUGGCGGCAGCAGGAGGCCCCAUUAGCUAAAGUGGUGCUUCAGGUUAAGAACAGUUUCAAGCUAAGUAUGGACCUCUGGAACGAAUUAAGUACUUAACCCGAGGUACCACUGUAUUUGCAUACCGCCAGCUUGUGUAAAAUAUCAAGGAGGUGUGCAAAUACACACAAUAAAACACCAUAAAAACAAUACAAAUUAAUCAUUAAAAUGUCACGCUAAUCAAGAAAUUUAAACAACAGCAUAGGCUUGUUGGCAUAAAAAGGUCUUCAGGAGACACCAGCGGUAUUGCAAGUGUUAGUUAAAUGUCCAAUAUUAAUUACAAAACUUGAUUAGGCACCUUUAUUUUUAAAAGGUAUCACUGGCUUGGUUCAUAUGUAAUUCUAAAUCAGGCAUCCCCAAACUCGGCCCUCCAGAUGUUUUGGGACUACAACUCCCAUCAUCUCUAGCUAACAGGACCAGUGGUCAGGGAUGAUGGGAAUUGUAUUCCCAAAACAUCUGGAGGGCCGAGUUUGGGGGUGCCUGUUCUAAACAAUAAUGAUAUGAAGACAAUCAUGGGCAAGCCUUUGGUUCAUCUGCUUCCAGUCACUUCAUGGCUGCACUGAAAGAGGAGAGCAGAGGGGAAAGUAUCCACUUCCAUUAUUAAACUAACGGCUGGCUGUUGCCUCAUCUGACAAGGACAGGUCAGUCAGUUUAAAUCAGGAGUAGCCUGUGGGCCAAACCUUGCCUUCUAGGCCUUCCCAUUUGGCUCAUGAGGUCAGUUUGGUGCAUCCAAUCACCCUACACCUGACAUCAUACAUGAUUGCAGAUGUAGUGUGGGUAAGUGGGUGGGGGCUUCAAAGGAACAAGCAGGAGCCUAAAGUGGGAUCCUGAUUUUUCCUUAGCUAGUUUUUUAAAAAGCAAUGAUUCCUCUUCAGAUGCAAUGAAAAACAUCUGGUUCGCUUAAACGAGUGUUUCCCAAACUUGGGUCUCCAACUGUUUGUUUGUUUUUUACUACAAAUCCCAUCAUCCUGCUAGCUAGGGAUGACAGGAGGGGUAGUCCACAAACAGCUGGAAACACUGAUUUGAACCAAGGAUCAAGGCUUCCAGUCCCCUUUUCAUGCUUGCAGAUGAGGAGGGGGUGUGUGACCCUGAGGCUCAUUCUUGUAGUCUAACAUUAAAAUUUUGUGUUACGUAUGAACCAGACUACUUGGCUUUGUUACCUUUUUUUUAAACCUGACUGAUUUCUGAAAAACACACAAAUGUAUGUGGCUGUGAUUUGCUAAUGUGGCUUAUAUGUAAUGCAACAGCACAAGUGCUUUAACCCACAAUGUUUUCUUACUCGAGGUCUUAUCCUGCCAAAGUUAAGUCAGGAGGGCUUCAAGGUGCUUAAAAUUGACUAGAAUGUACCUUUGUUAUCCACAUAUAUUAAAGUAACAGUGGCAUUGCACUGUGGCUUGGUCCAUGUUUCCCAUUGCAAGAGUGUCUGAGCAGUAGAUAAAAGAAUAAAUUAACGUCAUGGAACAAAGAAUAAAAUGAUGAAUACUUGAGUCAAGCUCAGGGUGUAUGGAGCACAUUGAUGCCAACUCUGGUUUCUGUCUUUCCUUGAAAUGCCCCACAUUUUGUGUCCAAAUCUUUACCUGCUAUUCUUCAUACUAGGACUGAGGAUAGAAUUUCAUGAGACAAAUAGUCUGUCUUGUAAUGCUAAUGUUGUGGCUUGCUGGGGGUGGGGGUGCAAGGUGCUUGUAGGGGAAAAUCAGAAAGUGGGAGAAGUUAAAACUGUCCAUAAUUUAUUCUUGGCAAAUGUCCCUAGACUGUCUUUUUCGUAGCUGUGCUCUGAGACUGGAAGCAAGCCUGUUUGAAGGCUGAAAACAGCCCAAGAAGCAUAUUUCUAGAGAAGAACAACCCAGUUCUGGUCAAAGAUUGUUCCCUACAAAUUAUACUACCCCAUAUUCAUGUUUCGAAAACAUGUUUACCAAGGUGACACAUAAUCAGGGUUCUAAGUUUUGCAUAGGAAACAUAAAGGAGUUGUGGUUUGUGACUGAAGAGGCAAAAGGAAUUGUGCAAUGGUAGGGGUGGCUAUAGCCAAGUGUUUUCAAAAUUGAUGUGAACAGCAGUUCUUUUUAAUAAAAUAUAAAUUCUUUGCAGGAAAGGCUAAUUUGUGAUAAGUUAUCUGUAAAGUAAGUGCUUUUCAAAUCCCUUUGACCGCCCUUUCGCUUUCCGCUGUUCUGAAUCUCUGAAAAAUAGUGCACUGUAAGGAGAAGCAAGAAAGCUUAAUGGAUAUAAAUAACAUCAGUUGAAUAAAAUGUCUUCUUUCCCAGUUGGUUCGCCUCUGCAAUGAAGGUGCUCGGACAAUGGAAAGGACAGAAAUGAUGUACACUAUCAACUCCCAGCUGGAAUUCAAAAUCAAGGUGUGAUAUUUGCCUUCAUACGUCUGUUGUGCAAACUUUAACCUUUGCUUAGUUUUAAUGAUGGGCUGUCACAGCUAGAGUAAACUCAGUUUAUUAUCUGGGGAAUUAGAGGUUGUUGAUAGGAUGUUCUAGGAGGUGGCAAAUAAGUUGAUAUCCUGAAAUCGGCAGUGGUGCUUGAAGCAUGCAGAACAAGGGACUUACCUCCUGAUGGAAGUCUAGUUACUCAAAUCGAGCAGGAAAAUGAUUGGUUGUUUUUUUUAACACAUACAUUCCCUUACCUGAACAUUUGCCUCAGAUAAUCAUAUACAGUCGUACCUUGGAUCCCAAACACUGCAAACCUGGAAGUGACUGUUGCGGUUUGCGAACAUUCUUUGGAGCCCGGAUGUCUGAUGCGACUUCUUUGGCUUCCUAUUGGCUGCAGGAGCUUCCUGCAGCCAAUCAGAAGCCGUACUUUGGCUUCUGAACAUUUUGGAAGUCAAACAGACUUCUGGAAGAGAUUCCAUUCGACUUCCAAGGUACGACUGUACUAUAAUUCCUAUUCAGUGUAAUAUAAAGAGUCCUGGAAAUAAUUGUUUUCUCUUUCUGCAUGUUUGUUUUUGCUAGUUGAAGAACUUUAAUGUUGUGUGUUUAAGACAACUCUCUCUCUUUCUCUCUCUCUCUCUCACUCACACACACACACACACACACAUACACACACAGUGCUAAACGCUUGUACAGUGAUACAAUGGCAAAAUCUGUUUAAUUGUAAUUAGCUUGAAUUUUGGAGCAUAGGGCAGACAUACAGCAAUAACUAAUAUCGGUCAUAUUCAGAUAAGUAGCCCAUCUGAAAUUGACUUAGUUGGAUAUCACUCGUAACCCAUUUCAGUGGGUAGUGCAGCCCAGACUGUUUCCUAACCUUGGUUAAAAUUCUAAAUAUACAGAGAAACCAGGAUGUAGCUUAGUGAGCCAACAGUGGUAAGACUUGUUAGUCAACUUUCAAGCAGAGAGGCUGAAGAGAAAGGGAACCUAUUUGAACCGUGUUUGCUCCAUGGAGCUCCAACACUUAAAUGAUGGUUAAUGCAAACCUGCUUUGCACAGCUAAAAGUUGCUGCAAUAGCAUAACUGUUUAGUUGGGAUACUGCCCAUACUCUUUGGAUUUUUUUUAAAGAUACAUACAUUUUCUGUUCAAAAUCAGAAACAUACUUUGCUCAUAUAGAAGAAAACUUUGAGUCAUUUGCUAAACAUGGACAAAUGAAAACUCUCACUUAGGAGUGGUUGUUGUUGUUUUUAAAAUGUUAUUAGAUAUUUAUUUCUUUUCACAAUUUUCAACCUGCCACAAAGCGCUCCAAAGCCCUCAGGGCUGGUUUGCAUUAUGAUGGUGCCUUUUGUUCUUAAUGUAAACCAGAUUGCAUGAUUUAUAAAUUGUUUGAUCUAAUUGUGGUAUUUGAAAAGCUGAAGUGACUACUUAUUUCAGGAAUUAUUUUAGAGCAUUCCUCCUUUCCUUUUGUAUUCAGAAAUCUAGGUUUGGAAGGAGCUCAGAGAUUAUUAUAAAUGUGCACGCAUCUCUCUGGGGGAGGUGGGGAAACAUACCACAAAAUCUUACUAGGGGCUUAAUUGCAAUUUCCUUACUUUGUAGCCAUUUCCAUUGGUUUCUUCUUCCCGGUGGCUAGUGAAAAGAGGUGAAUUGAUAGCGUAUGUGGAAGACACUGGCCUUUUCUCUAAAAGGACUUCUAAGCAACAAGUGUACUUCUUCCUCUUCAAUGAUGUCCUCAUUAUCACAAAAAAGAAAAGGUAAGAGCUGCACUGGAUACGUGAGUCAGUUACACUGGACAAAUAGAUAACAACAGAUAAAUAGCUGCCUGCUCUCCCUCUUUUAGAUGUGGAUUUAGGGCACUUUGUAUGGGGCAUUCAGGGGAGUAAGGAGAAGAGUACAUGUGUAGUGCUUGAAAGACACAUGGCAACUCAUGCAAGUUCCUUUGUACAUCUUUUUCAGAUUCUUGCUCUCCUUUAAAAUAUUUUAUCUACUUAAUCGGUCUGUGCAUUCAACUGGACUUACAGGUGUAAGCUUCAGCCAGUGAUGGUGAUUGGAUUCAAAAUUAAUCCAGCCAUAGAUUGCUAGUACAUGCCAGGUUUGUCUUGUCGAUAGGAACACUUUUAGCACUGGGUUAAUACUGUGUGUACAUUUUAAAGAAGAAGAUUGCAAAUUCUUUGCAUACCAGAUAACAUCAUUAAAAGAAUUAGAUGUAACUCUUAACAUCGAGCAAGCAAGCUGAAAGGCAUUCGAGCAAUGAGAUUUACUCAGGUUUAGUACUAAGCAUCUAUAAGAAGAUAAAAUGCAGCAUUAGACAUACUCUGAUGGUUCUUUACGCUUGUGCUUCUUGAACUGUGGGUCAUGAUUUGUUCCUGCGAUAGGGGCUCUAAAGGUGUAGUUAGUUUAUAAAUGGGGUCUGAAAGGCUGAGUUGGUUUACAGGCAGGUUCCAUUUCAAAAUGUUUGAGAAGUACCACUUCAAAUGUUGUUAGCGUUGGAGGUUGGUACAUUGUUGUUUCUGUGUCUUACUUCAAUGGGGUAUUUUAUUUGUAUUAGUUAUAUAACCUGAGUCUUUGGAAUGGUGUAAAAUGCACAUCCAUGCUGCAAACCUGUAUAUGUCUGUUCCUAAGUAAAGCCACAGAGGAAAGACGGUGGGUUUUCUUUUAAAGUCAUUAAUUUAACACACAUUUUUUUAUAGUUAUGUAAAUUCGGGAUGGCUCUGAGACUUAUUGUGAUUUCAUAUUUUUAGGCUGCAAUCCUAAAGUGGGGAAAGCAGAGGGAGCUGGAAGCUAUUUUGAUGCCACAUCCUUUGAGAACAUUGGGAGGGAACUUCACUAAGCCAGUUCCAAGGCUGACAUAAUUAUCUCCCUUCUUGGUUCUACUGACAUUGGUGCCGCAAUGCCAAUAGGUCAAUGGAGGUUUUCACAGCAGCUGGAAGAAAGCGUCUUUGAGGCUGGACCUCUCUCUGUGCCUUGAGAAACACAGAGAGCAAUCUGAUGCUUCCUUUUGCCCCUGGGAUGUCCUCUCAGUGACCCUAGGGACCCUAGGGCUUCAGGGUUAGAGACCUGUAGCAAUUAGAUGCAGUUAGCUACUUACCUGGAGUGAAUAGCAGUUGAUUCAUGUCAGGAAAGUGAGUGGCAUCAUCUCUCACUCGCCACACUAAACUUUCUUUGGUCCUGAAAGUACAAAGCUUGGAGAUUGUAUCCAGCCGCUCGCACAAUGGGACUUUCCUUUCCUCUACUCUCCCUGCAAACCCCCUAAAUCUGCUCCAGAGGGUCACCCAACUGGAAAUGGAAGUCUGCUGCGUGAGCAAAGGGUUGCUGGAUGCAGCCUUUACUUGGUUUUAAUCAAGAGGAGAAAACAGCUGCAGUAGUGAUAUCUACUCUUCCUGACCCAGAGAUUGAACACUGAACAGCUGUCACAGCUGCCUUUCUCUCCCUUGAGGGACCUGGAGAGGCAGCUACAGUAGCUCCCAUUUACUGUUAACCUGGACAUGAAUGCUAAGAUGAAUGUAUAAGUAAGGAUAGUGCAAACAAGAUACGUGGGGUGGGGCUGUCCAAAGAGUUUGGCUAGAAAUAAUAUAGCAUUCAUUAAUUCAUUCAUUCAUUUCUCUCUCACACACACAGUCACUCACUCACAUAUAUAUGCACAAACAGAGAACUCCAAUAUAUUAGCAAAAUGGUUCUAUAUUUUUCUUGCAUAUUGAAUUUUGUACACCACUUUUUUUAAAAAAAAAAAAUUAAGUGGGCUAUAAGUGUUCUUCAAUAAUGAUUUUAAAAGAACCAGAACACAAGAGUAGCAUCCUAAAAAAGACCUUGGAAACUAAUAACCGGGGUGGGGGCAUAAUUCCAUAGGGCAGGUUAUGUUGAGCAGAGAGCUACGCAAAUGCAGAAUCAUAUUUUCCAGAGGAAUGUAGGUGAAGAAUCCUGCCGUGAAGUAUGAACAUACUUCUUUCGACCUGGCUCGCUAUGUAAUCCCCACCCCCUCAUGUACUCAGAUAUAUUUUGUCUAUUUUACAGCAGUUGUUUUUUUUUUUUUAACCAUCAUUCAGGCUGCUCUGUGUCCUCAUUAACAGCAAGACAGAUACCUGCCAAAUUGGUUCACACACAUUUAAGGAAGGGAUGCAUUUUUUUUUGACGCUAUGGUUAUUAAAUAUUCUUACUUCAUGGCCUGCAAUCCCCUCGGGAUACCACUAAAAUUCUCUCUCUGUCUAGUGGCUUGUCAGUUCCUGAGAUAAUCCCGGCAAUGGAAUGCCGCUGGACUUCUGAAAUGUGAAGCCAGCCAAAGGUCAAAUAAUACUUUGGAAUGUUACCUGUCCACAGUUACCAGCUAAAACUGAACUUCUGCUACACUCUCCAGGAAGAAAUUUGAAAUAAUUAAAAAGCCCUUUCCCAAUUAAAAGGAUGCCUAAAACAGUUUGACUUCCCAAGUUAACAGAGCAACAAAAAAUAAUACUUUUAAAUAAUAAACUGUAGCGAAAAUGCAUUUCAGAUCCUUGCAUUUAUUUAUGAAAGAACUUCCUAACAAACAGGAAACGAUAAAUAAAAGGGAAAGGUGUUUCAUUUGAGAAGCUGUUCUUGCAUUCUUUGGUAUGUGUGCGGAUAAAAACUGGAAUAUAAGGAGCACAUCAGAAUGCAAGUAUUCUGUUUCAGUGAAGUGCAAUAUUUUUCUCCUCACUGAAUUCAUUCUCAUUCCAUAUCCAUUUUCAUACAACAUCUGCUAGUCAUCUUCUCCAGAGGUACUCCCAUAAUAAUGGUUAUUGAGAGGGGUGGGAGUAGGGAGUUGGCAUUGAUUAUAUAGAUAUAUUUGUUUACAUUGCAUACACAGUCUAACUCCACCCUCUGAAAACUAGGCCCUCUCAUUCCAAAGGAAAAUUACUUUCUUCAGAAAAAAAAUAACCAUUUGAAUGCAGUUUUAUCCAGAUCAUUUUUCUUGUUAUGGCUAAUCAGCGAAUCUUUAUAUUGAAGGUGAUGCAGUUUGAUUUACAGUAUGAAUGAUUACAGGGAGGAUGGAUGGGGUGAACCUCACAAUAAGUGUUUGAAGCUACCAUACCUUUAAGACUUGGGGAAAAUUACAGGUCUUGGGUAUGUUAGAAGGGAAUAAAAAUCAAUGUGUUAUUGAACAGUUGACUGUAAUUAACAACUAAUGGACAUGGAAGAGUUGCACAUACACUAUCUAUUUUUGCCUUUUUUGGACAAUAUAUCUCUGACUUUGGUGAUCAAUAUGCCACAUUGAACUGUAGAGGGAAAGAUUAUGGGAUAGUUACUUAGUCUAUAAGAUGUAUUGAGACUGCAUGGUUCAGGUUUGUGUGUUCUUGUGUAUUUAUAUUGUUGAUGAUUUCUUAGAGCCGAUUUAGAAUAUUCUAUGGCAAAACGCAAGACUAGAUAUAAGUCACAGGUGGAAGACCAUGUGAACGGCUGGUAUUAUUUCUGUAUGGGAAUAAUCAUUGCAGUGUCUGUAACCGAGCCAAUACAUUUGCCAAUCAGUACAUAAAGCCGGCAAGGCUGUUCAUCCAUUAAUCCAAUAAGAACUUCAUUCUUUUGUUGUCUUCUUGCAUUUUACUGCCCAUUUUGAAGUUGCUUCAUCUCUUUCAUCCACAAGUUCCAGUAAGAGAUGAAUAAGGGCACUUAUGUUGGACAUCGCCAAGUAACAAGUUCUGCAUUGGUGUAAAAACAGACUAUUAUAGUUCAGCUCUUGUCUGCGCUGGUUAAAAAGAAGCUUUAUCAAAAGCAUUUCUUCAUAUUUGUUUCAGUUCAGCUUCAUGGCAUUACACAUCCUGUUGUGUAUGUGUGAGUUCAUGGUUCUGGAGAUGAACAUCCUGUUCCCCACUGUAGUCUGAGGGUCUUUUCCAGGGAUCUUCAGUCUCCCCCAAGUGAAAAAACACACACAGCAAAAACAAAAUUCUUCAACUUGCAGUGCUAAAUUUGUCUGCUACCAAGCUUGAACACAGCUUUUCUAUCACAUAUUUGGUAGGAGCUUUUGAGAAGCCACCUCUUCCCCUGCCUGCCUAGAUCUAUAGCUGCAGACAUGUUUUCAUGCACAUACUGAGUGGGCUGUGUCGGGUUUGCUGAUGGAGUCUCAUCAUAGAAGAUCAUCGCAAAUGGGAGAAAUUACAUAAAUUAUAAUAAUAGUAUUCCAUAAAGAAUGAGGUCUUCAUCCCCAGCCAAAACUACUAAUGAAUCUGUGCAAGGACUUCUGUUACCACAGCAUGUCCCUGUGCCCCCCAAAAUGACUUUGAGGGGAUUAGGAGAACCCUCAGAACAGUACGCCGGGGGGAGGGGGGAAAGCAGGAUCAUUCCAUUUGGCAACCUGAAAUGCUUGUGCUGAUGGAACAGCUAAAUCUGUUCUAGGAGUUCCUCCAACUCCCUGGAGCAGAUUUGGAAAUGGAAUGCACAUGGGGAGGAAAUCCAGUUGUGCAAAUUGAAAUCUUUUUGCGCUAGACUAGAUGACCCUCAGGAAUCCCUUCCAGUUCUGCAAUUCAAUGAGUCUAACAGGAUGAAUUCUUUGGAUACCCUACCCAGUAAAUCUAAGUAAAGGCACUGUAUUGGCUUUAAUAGGUUUCCUCUGAGUUGGAUAUUGCCGAUAUUUCCUAUACAGUGGUACCUCUGGUUACGAACACUUCAGGUUACGAGCUCCGCUAACCCAGAAGUAGCUGCUCCUGGUUGCGAACUUUGCCCCAGGAUACGAACAGAAAUCGCGCACCAGAGGGAGGCCCCAUUAGCGAUAGCACGCCUCAGGAUAAGAACGGUUUCAGCUUAAGAACGGACCUCCGGAACGAAUUAAGUUCAUAACCAGAGGUACCACUGUAUACAUUCCUUCAGAAGUAAGCUCCACUGAAUUCAGUGAGACUUCUCUGUAGAUGUAUAGCAGGGUUUCCCAAACUUGUGUCUUCAGCUGUUUUGGGACUACAGCUCCCAUCAACCCUAGCUAGCACGUCCAGUGGUCAGGAAUGAUGGGAAUUGUAGUCCAAGAACAACUGGAGACACAAGUUUGGGAAAGCUUGAUUAGGCUUUUCAGUAUUCAGCUGCCUGUGGAGGGUAGUAAGAAAGGAAUGUUGUUUCUCCUGUAUCUCAUUAGAUUUCUGGGCAGUAUGCAAGCAUAAAACAAACAAUAUAAUAAACACACACAUGCAUGGAAAAGCCGUGGAUAAAGUCUCAAGAAAGAAUCCCAACUCCUUAACGUUAAAAUGCCUGGAUAAAUAAAUAAUGUUUUUGCCUAGUGCCUAAAUGAUAGCAGUGUUCUGGCCAGGCAAAUCUUCCUUGGGAGGGCGUUCUAUAUCAGCUUUCUGCCCCCUGGCUGAAAAAGCCCCUCUCCCUUUAUAUAAUGAUUAUCUCACCUCAAAUGGAAGAGGCACAUGGAGAAUAGAAUAAAAUAAUAACUCAGGAAGAUCUAUGGUUCAUUCCCCCCCUUUUUUCUCUUUACAUUAGUUUAGUCUCAUCCUUUCCUACAAUUAAAGUUAGGAAAACCUUUGACACCAAAAGAAAAUCAAAUACAUGUAAACUUCAUCAUUGAAUGUACCCCCCCCCCCAGGGCUUAAGCAUUAACUUCAUUUGUCUUCUUGACAAGCAGGUGCUUUGUAAAUAUUCAAACGUGUGUAUUCCUUCUUCCUUUACUGAAAGGCUGAAAAUGUCUGAAUAAUUAUGUGCAAUGGACUGUAAUCUGAGAUUGGCUUUAUUGCAGAACAUGACUUCCUGGUGCAUUUAGUAGCGUUUUGACUCUAAGCAAUUGUCUGUCUCUUCUACCCGCUUUUUGUAUUUGCAGUGAAGAGAGCUACAAUGUCACAGACUAUUCCUUAAGGGAUCAACUGUUAGUUGAACAGUGUGACAGCGAAGAGCUGAAUUCCUCUCCUGCAAAAAACAGCACACCUAUUCUUUACUCUCGGCAGACUUCUGCAAAUCACCUCUUCAGAUUAACUGUCCUAAACAACCAUGCAGGAGAGAAGAUUGAACUCCUGCUGGGAACUGAAACUCAGUAAGUAAAUAACACAUUUUUCUCAAUCUGUCUUUCACCUCGGUUCAUCUAUAUAUUUGACAGGAACGUAUAGUUAUUCUAUUACUCUCUUUAAAGAUUUUGCUGGCCUUUGUCUAGGAAAUGUAAAAUAGUAAAAUAUGCCUGAAUUUUCAUUGGCCAGAAAAACCACAAAUUUGAUAAGCUAAUAACUCUUUUCUCACUUCAUAAGACUGCUUGUUGCUGUUGUUUUUAUAUGCUGUUCAUCUGACUUGGUUGCCCCAGCUACUCUGUGAGGCUCCCAACAAAAUAUUAAGAAUACAGUAAAACAUCAAACAUUAAAAACUUCCCUAUACAGAGCUGCCUACAGAUCUUUUUCUAAAAGUCAAAUAGUUGUUCAUUUCCUUGACAUCUGAUGACAAGGCGUCCCACAGGCCUUAUGCCUGGUUCCCUGAACCUUCAUUUCUCACACUGAGGGAACCACCAGAAGGCCCUCGGAGCUAGACCUCAGUGUCCAGGCUGAAAGAUGGGGGUGGAGGCGCUCCUUCAGGUAUACAGGACUCAGGCUGUUUAGGGCUUUCAAGGUCAGCGCCAACACUUUGAAUUGUGCUCGGAAACAUAAAUGUCAGAUAGUAGCCUAGUUUGCAUGUUACAUUAGACCAUAGUAAACUAUGGUUUGAUAGUUGAGCAGGUGAUGUCCACUGCUCAAGUUCCCAGGAUGCUCUGCUCCCGCUCUCCUAAAUGGCCUCAGCCCAGUAUACCUGAAGGAGUAUCUCCACCCCCAUCGUUCUGCCUGGGCACUGAGGUCCAGCACCAAGGGCCUUCUGGCGGUUCCCUCACUGCAAGAAGUAAGGCUACAGGGAACCAAGUAGAGGGCCUUCUCGGUAGUGGCACCCACCCUGUGGAACGCCCUCCCACCAGAUGUCAAAGAAAUAAACAACUAUCUGACGUUUAGAAGACAUCUGAAGGCAGCCCUGUUUAGGGAAGUUUUUUAAUGACUGAUGUUUUACUGUAUUUUUAAUCUUGUGUUAGAAGCCGCCAAGAGUGGCAGGGUAUGUGUGUGUGUGUGUAUUAUGUGGUUGUACUGGACAUGUCGUGGUCUGACUUGUCAUGUCACCAGAGCUCAGAUUUGUGGUUUGUUUCGUCCAAACCAACCAUGAGUGGUAAGUUGAGACAAACCUUGGUUACCACUUGUCAUUUGUUUGGACGAAGCAAACCAAGAACCCAGAUUUGGGCAACAAAAAAAGACUGCGUCAGGAACGGUGGUGGUGAGAGCAGCAUGUACCAGCACACUGCUUGUUCACAUUUAGCCAUGGUUUAUUUUAAACUUUGGUUUAAUGUAUCAUAUAGGUAAGGCAGCUGUUGAUAACCAACCAGUAAAGUAUCGUUCAUAUUUUUUGCUUCAGUAAGCAUUAGGAUGCUUAGGAUUGUUUCCGUAAUGCAGAGGUUUUUCACAGCGAGCUUGCCUAUGCCAGUGAAAUGUUAAAGCAAAAAAGGAAGAGGCAGAAAGAAACCUUUUCAAGGGAAGCAGGAAUGUGGAGAACCUGACUUGCCGUGGGGAAGUGAAUCUUGUGGCAUGUUAAUGCAGUGUUCAAUUUAUAUGAAAGGGCACAUGACUGGGUGGCCACUCUAUUCUUUUAGAUGAAAAAUAGGUUCAGUGGGGAGACAGUAAGGGGCUCAAGUCACCCAAUGAGCAUUUUGGCUGAGAAAGGAUUUGAAUGUAGUUUCUCCAAUUCAAGUCUAUCUCACAAAACGCAGGCCUAAGCCAAGGUGCCCCUGCCUCUGGUGUUUCUGGACAGUAACUCCCAUCAUCCUUGAUCACUGGUCAUGCUGAAUGGGGCUUAUGGGAGUUGGAGCCCAGCAAUAUCUGGAGGACACAGAGUGUUAAACUAUCCAUGUUGUGGAGAUUUCAGAAGAAUACUUCCACACAUCAGCACUGUGCAGAAACAGUAUCUCAGGCCAGAAUGGCUCUUUGAACACAGCAUUUGAGUCCAAGAAACUGCAAGAAAAGGAAGUAGAUAGUGGAGAAUCUCUUGAGGCCUUUACAGAAUCAGAUGUUGGAAGUGUGGGGAGAGACUCUUGAUUGCUAGCAACUGUUCAGUGGAGUUGUGUUUUCAUCUGUAAUCAAGCCAUUCAGUGGUUAGUGGCACCCAUUAUUAUCUUUAAUACCUAUUUUUAAUCAUUUAGGUUUGCAUUUUUAAAGUCACACAAGAUGAAACAUCUGGAAGCCAUGUUAUGGAACUGUUUACAUUGAUGAGGGAACCUAACCAUUCCUAGGGAGGCCCAGAAAGUGGAGAUGAAUAUACAUAGUUGGGUUUUUUGUUGUUUUUUGCUGUGUGGUUUGGUCCCAUAUCCUCUCCAUAUGUGAGAUGUGUGGGUGGCUUCUACUAAGUACCCAAAAGGAGAGGCAGAGGAAAGAGAAGUCUUCAAGUUUUGGUCAGUUACACAUUAAAUACUAAUAAGCUUAACUCUGAUAUUUCUCUUCACUUGAGAGCUAUCACAUGCUAAUUUACUUGAACACGGAACAUCUCUGUCAUGAAAUUGUCAUAGAAGAGCAAAGUCAGGUGAUCACAAUAUGUCCGUGUGUUUGUGUAUAUACAGUGGUACCUCAGGUUACAAAUGUUUCAGGUUACAGACGCUUCAGGUUACAGACUCUGCUAACCCAGAAAUAGUACCUUGGGUUAAGAACUUUGCUUCAGGAUGAGAACAGAAAUCGCGCGGCGGUGGUGCAGCGGUAGCGGGAGGCCCCAUUAGCUAAAGUGGCACCUCAGGUGAAGAACGGACCUCCAGAACGAAUUAAGUUCUUAACCCGAGGUACCACUGUAUAAUGAUCCAAAGCAAUGGGAGUUCUGAACUUUGUUCAGCUCAUCUGAAUGCAGUGCCAGUAUGCAGACCAAUGAUAUCAUUUGUGAGGCUGCUAUAUCUGGGAAAAGAAGAGUUGGUUAUGCCUAGGUUAAUUUUUGUGUUAACCAAUAUAUGUGUCACAUCUUCUAUCUCUUAUGUGGAUAUCUUGAAUAUUAAUUGGAUAUCUUCUUUCUCUUUCUGGCUGUCUCAGCAGCCCUGGGCUUUUUUAGGAGGAAGGGUUGGAGAAAAUUCUGAUAAGCGUUGGUGUAACUGUUGAGACCUUGAUUGACCCCACCUGCUCCCUUUACUGGGUAGAAUGCAUUCAUUGGUCUUAUGCAGAUGCACUUAAAAUAAAGUAUCUUUCCAAAUAAAUUUGGUUAUCACCCCUUUGCUCAUUGGGGCAUUUUUUUAAAAAAAAAAUGGUGUGGCAUUUAGGUGUGGGGUGAAUAACAAAAGCUCAGAGUGAUUCUACCUGUUCCCCCUAAAAAACCCCAAAACCAAACAAUGAUGCCUUGAAAUUUUAGUAACACAACAAGCAAGUUAAAUGGUUACUGAGAAAAAGCUUUUUUCUGAAUUGAAAACUUUUAUUAUUAUUAAAUUUAUAUACCGCUCUAUACCUGCAGAUCUCAGGGCGGUUCACAGGAUAAAAUCACAAUAUAAAAUCACAGAAUACACAAUCAAAAUAAAAACAAAAACAAGAACAACCCAAUAACCUCCUCCCCCCAUUUUAAAAUACAACUAGGUUUUAUUGAGUAGCUAAUAAUAAAAAGCAAAUUAAAAAAAAACAGAGGGAAAUACAUCCCCCUGAGAUCUAUGGGUAUUAUAGAGUGGUAUACAAAUUUAAUUAAUCACCGAUGACAACAGCAAUCCUAGAUUAGACCGUUUCCCCAACCAAGCCAAUAGCUAUCGGUUUGCAUCCUUCAGUUCAGCCUGACAGAAACUGGUCAUAAAAAUGUGGUCUUGCGGCAGUUUGAAUUUCUGUUUCUGUUCUGCUCCAUGUAAAGAUUCCCCACAUAGACCCAGUUUAAGCAAUGACAUUACUGUAUUGCUAAAAAUUGUAACAUGUACAGGAUUUUGUUAUUGCUGUUCUGGGGCUUUGUUGUUUGCAAUAUAUUUCAUUUUAGCUAAGCACUGUAGUUCAUGUAGUCAAUACGGGAUUUGAUGAAACCAUGGAAACUGUCUAGCAAAAUUUGAUACAGCCUGGGGGAAAACUCUGGAGUUCACGAGGAAGAGGGUCAGCCUUUCUCUUCUGGCCAAGUUUCAAAGAUUGUUCAGUUGUAGACGAUAGCAACAAGAAACAUCUUGUUUGCUGUGGUACAGAUCCUGACUCAAGAAAAUUCCUUGGGAUGCCAUAAGCAUCCAAGUAGCUUUCCACAAAACUCAAAAGAUUGUAUCUGUCUCUGUGGAAACUGUGGGGUUAAGGGGGUUUAUCUACACAAUGGCCCAUAUGAAGUCUUGCUGAAGAUGUUUUGCAGUAUUUUUCUUUCCAGAAAUUAAAGUAGCCCUGAAAUUUCUUGUUGUACUUGUUUCUUACAACAUCAAACCACUUAUAUACUGCAACAAUAUUAGAACAGCAAGUGUAAUGAUACAGCAUGUGGAUGAUUUAGAUAUGAUUCCUUCAUUGCAGUGGGGCUGGACUAGAUGAACCUUGGGAUACCUUGCAACACAACAAUUCUGUGGUUCCAGGAGUAAAGUCAGUUUCCAAACCCAUGAGCAAUAGUUGCGGGAAAUACCAUAUGUUCCGGUGUGCAAGACGACUUUUUAUCUCUGGAAAAUCACCCCAAAAGUUGGGGGUUGUCUUAUACGCUGGGUAUACACAGAGCCACCUGUUGGGAAGGAGGAGAGGGAGCCGGUGAGCAGAGGCGCCCCUUCUGCCAUCGCUCCUCCUCCCUCCCCACAGAAGGGGACGCAGCUGCCGCUCUCUCCUCACCACGGAAAGUCCUUCCGAGCGCGGCGCUCACCCGCCCACCUGCUGCUGCCAUGGUAGUCAAAUCCGGCCUCCGCCGCGCAGGGCUUCGCUCGGCUCGCAGGCGCCAUGAGGUGGUGCGCGGCUUCGGCCGGGGCUCCAAGGAGCUGGGCAUCCCCACAGGUGAGGGCGGCGGAGGCCAAGGCGGCCGCUCACAGCCUUUUCCCGGAGGGAGAGAGUUCCACUCACCAAACGCCUUGCAUGCCUUCGGCUGCUGCUGCUGCGACGGCAGAGGCAGCGGAGGGGUGCACGCUCUGACCCUGGCGGCGCUUGGUGGGUGGCCAAACUCUAUAAUUUAACAGCAAAAGUUUUGGGGGGGUCGUCUUAUACGCCCAGUCGCCUAAUACGCUAGAAUCUACGGUAGUUGUCUCCUACAAGUGCCCAACCUUUAAAUAUGUAAUUGUCUUCCUUCAGUUGAAAAAAGGAAUUUGUUGCAAGAAGAAAAGUUACCUCACAAGCCUUGGUUCCAUUUGAUAACUACUCAGAGCUUUUAAGCCAGCGGUGGAUGCAAGCGUUUGCAUGCGAUGGGGGUGAGCUCCCGUUGCUCUGCCGUAGCUCCUGCUGGUCUCAUCUUUCCUUCCUUUCAGUCAUUUUUUCUUUAUGUACUGAAACUUUGUAUGACUUGAUAGCUCGUUUUUGAAGAGUUUGCUGGAUUCAUUCAUACCCUUUCCGGUCUGAAAAAUGAACAAGCUGUCUUUACAUGCAUCGUAAACCACCAUAGAUAUAUAACUGGGAUUCCAGGCUUUUAAAAGCGGCUAUAACUUUCCUGAAAAGGUAUUCUCCUGUUGAAUGACCUAAGUGAGAAUCCCUUUCACAAUGAUCGCACAGAAGAUUACAUUUCACUGAAAAAAAGCUUUGUGUGGUACCAGUGUAUAACGACAUGCCUAGGUCUUUAAAUCUGUUCUUUUGAAACAGAUCGCAGCUUAGCCGUUUGUAUGAAUGGUUUGGUGCAAAAUUAUUCUUAGCCAUUUCAUCAGUUAUCAAAAUGCCUCCUAGAUAUUAUUAUUAUUUUUUGCUUUGGAAAGGUAUAUACUUCUUCAACUAAAAUCAUUAUUUCAACUCCGAUUUUCUCCAUCCUGCUGUUCUGUUAACAAUAUAUGGGUUUGGAGCACUGCAGGGCUUUAAUAUACCCUUGUCCAUAAGACGGGCAUUCUCUGGCAUAGAUUUGAAAUGUCUGUGCUUGCAGAGAGCUCUGUAAAAUGCUGGAUUGCAAGAUUCUGCUUGUUUCCUCCUGCUGCCCAGAAAAAACACUUAUGUUUCAGAAGCCUCACCCAGUAUCUCCGCCAGCUAGUUCAGAAGACAUAUUCCCAAGGUUAAUAUAUGAGGUGUCUACUGGGGAAGGACCAUAGCUCAGUGGCUGAACAUUUGCUUUGCAUGUAGAAGUGGGAUUUCCCAACAGACAGACACAAAGAGGCCUUCAGAGAAGAUGAAUAUACUUUCCCAUAACAGUGAGGGAGGCUUUGAGUUCAGGGAGUGCAACAAGGGCCAUAUAUCAGCCGACUGAAAAGCACACUUCAACCUUUCAUCUCCUUUUCUAGGAAUGAGCGUGCUCGCUGGAUUACUGCACUUGGGAAGAGUAGCGAUAGAGGGACCGUGGAUCGGACAAGUAAGUGAGCAGUGAAACUGUUCUUUAGGGCUUUGACAUGAGAUGCACUUUAUACAGAUCUUAAAACAUAGAAGUAAAUCUGUUGCCUUUCAGUAUUUUGUUGUUGUUAGGGAGAGGGAAGGAAGGACCAUAACUGUAAUCAUCUAAUAAUUCUCUCUGAACCAUUUUCUUUUGUGUUAAGCAAAAAGGAAAGCAUAUUAGCUCUCUGGAAAAUUGGGUGAAUUAAAGAGACAUGCUCCAAUAAGGGUGAUUGCAAGAUGUCUCUUUCUAUCGUACUACUUGGUAAAAUGGUUGUUUGAAUCCUUUAAAAAAGGAGAAGAGGCAGAGAAGAUACAUGAAGUCCUGUUGUAAUCAAUGGAGCAUGAUUGAAAUUGGUUUUCCAUUUAAUGCAGUUUAAAAAAAAAAAAAAAAACCUUAAAUGUGUCAAAGAGCCAUUGUAGUUUGUCUGCUGUUGACCAAUGCCUUUUUAUCAAAUCAUUUGGUUCCUGGAAAGUGAGCUGGGAAGCAAUCAGCUUGUCUUUUGUUAUCACUUAAACUGAGCUUACCCUUAGAUUUACCAUGUGGAUCAAUAAAUAUUCUCUCUUCUCAGCACUAACCCAGGUAGAAGUCAUCAGAUCAUACACUGCGAAGCAAUCAGAUGAGUUAUCUCUUCAAGUUGCUGAUGUAGUUCUGGUCUCUCAGAAAGUUAAUGAUGGUGAGUGGAAUUGCCUAUUGCUUAGUUGCCAUAAAUGGAAACAGUCAUUUCAUACCAUCACAAGGAUACUUAGCAUCUGCCUUAAAGCUAAACCACAGGAGACCUGGGGAUGGGUGAAUUGGUCCAGUUCAGUUUUGCCCAUCAGUUUGCAGUUUUUUGGGUUUUUAAAAAAAAUAAAGUCCUCAAUGAAAAUUAUUAGUAUUUUAACAAAUUUCUCCUAAUACAAACAUUUUUGUAAGGUGUUUUUUUUCUGUAAUAUAAAGCAUUUUUCUGCACAUUUCAAUCUACUGCACACCACUCCACGUGGUGGAGACCUAUGCCCCAGGUAAACUAGUACCUUGCUUACGAUAUAUUGGUAUGAUUACUGCAAAGGAAAGACAUAGCUUCAAUUGGCCACAAUAUCAGAAAGCAAACAAUUAUCAGCAUAUCACUGAAUACACUGCAUUGCAAGCGGGCACAUCAAAAACAUUUGGCUGGCCACUCUGAAGCGGGAUACUGACUCAAGGUUAUAAGUCUAUACCCACUUUCCUGGGAGAAAGCCAUAUUGAAAUCGGUUUGACUUCCUUCUGAGUGGACCUGUGUAGUAGGAUCAGUAGAGCUUUGAUCUGAUCCAGCAGGGACCUUCUGUUUUAAAGAUGCAUCAUAUUUAGUACUUCGUUAUACAUUUCAGGUUGGUAUGAAGGUGAGCGAUUGCGGGACGGAGAGAGAGGCUGGUUCCCAAUGGAAUGUGCCAAGGAGAUCACUUGCCAAGCCACAAUUGAGAAGAACAUGGAAAGAAUGGGACGCUUGCUGGGCCUAGAAACAAACGUAUAGACCCUCACUGCCGUAUCUGUUCUCUAGGGUUUGCACUAAGGAACAUCUGGGGCUUCUUGGUCUCAUCCAGAUGGCCAUUGUAUAGUUGAAGCGUGUAAAAAAAAAAUACUCGCAGAUAGGUGUCAUCAUUAGGAAUGGAAGCAACCAUAAAAGCAAUUGCAUGCUGGUGGGGCUGUUCACUACAAAGCAGUAGCAGGUCGAAAUUUUUAUUUCUUUUUUAUAACCAAUAGUCACUUUUAAUUAAAACCCGAUUUUACACUUAUAAAGAGUUCCUAAUAGAAUUAUGACUUCCUUGGAUUAUCACAGUGGACUAACAACUCUUGAAUCAAUUUGAACGCACCUCCUUUGUUUUACAGACCAGCCCUAGAACCUGCUCAAUUUAUCUUCCCUUUUACAUUCAUUGCUAGACCCUUUUGAUUUCUGUAUAAUUUUCUCAGUCAUCAAGGGAGGCCAAUGUGCAAAAGCAGGCGUUAGCUGGGGGUCCACAUCUUGAUUCAAUCAGCUGGAUAUGUGCAUCUUUUGAUGUCCAGAUGGAGCCAUUGAGUAGAAUCUACCGAGUAUUAAAGGUACCCCUGCCCGUACGGGCCAGUCUUGCCAGACUCUAGGGUUGUGCGCUCAUCUCACUCUAGAGGCCGGGAGCCAGCGCUGUCCGCAGACACUUCCGGGUCACGUGGCCAGCGUGACAAGCUGCAUCUGGCGAGCCAGCGCAGCACACGGAACGUCGUUUACCUUCCCGCUGGUAAGCGGUCCCUAUUUAUCUACUUGCACCCGGGGGUGCUUUCGAACUGCUAGGUUGGCAGGCGCUGGGACCGAACGACGGGAGUGCACCCCGCCGCGGGGAUUCGAACCGCCGACCAUGCGACCGGCAAGUCCUAGGCGCUGAGGUUUUACCCACAGCACCACCCGCGAGUAUUACCUAGAUCUAAAGCCUGUUGAAAUAGGUGACGGGUGCAGCUAAAUAUCCACUCUGUUGCUUUCACUACAGUUCACAAGUCUGAGACUCCAUCUUGCCAUGUGAUGCCCCAAAUCUUCCUGAUGCAGUGCACGUGGAAGGCGCUGAGGUGCCGCUCCUGGCGGGUAUAAGUUGCCCAUGCCUCGCUGCCAUAAAGCAUUAUGCUCAGUACGCAAGCCUGGUAGACCUUCAUCUUGGUACUGGGUGUUAGCAUCACAUCCUCCCAUACCCUUCUGGAGAGGCGAGCCAUAGCUCAGUCCAGCUCAGUGUUGAUGGCUAUGCUGGAACCCAGGUAGACAAAAAUGUCUACCACCUCAAGCGCGUGGUCACCAGUGAUGAUGCGUGGAGUGCUGGCUACAUCCUGUCCCAGGAUGUUGGUAUUUGCCAGGUUGAUGGUGAAGCUGAACAGCCUGCAGGUUUGGGCAAAACUCGGUAGAGCUUCUCCCGAGUGCACUGUCCAGCUUUGUCAUCUGCAAACAUCACCUCUCGAAUAAGGACUUGCCAGAGUUUUGUCUUGGUGUGUAGACGUGGCAGGUUGAACGGACUCCCAUCACUCCUUGAAUGGAAGUACACUCCAUCUUCAGUCGAGCGGACGGCAUAGGAGAGCAACAGGGAGAAUAUGCCAAAGAGUUGGAGCAAGAAUACAGCCCUGCUUCACACCACUCCUUAUAGAGGUGUCUGUACACAUACAGCUUUGUGUCCUCCUUUGGACAAGCAAGAGGCAAUAUUAGAGUUCAGGGAAACAUGCCAGCCAGCCAGAAGCAGUCAAGGAGGGCAUAAAGCAAGACCAGUGAGAAGUGUGGCUCGGGGAUAAUUUGUAACUAGGAAGAGGCCUGAGGGUCAGAAAGAGCAGCCUGGAGUUUCUGGGCCUGAGAUUCCCUGCCCUUUCAAUAAGCUAGACAAGUGUUGGGAUUCUUACCAGGCAACAGACUGGUAGGUGGUUUUGUUUUCACAAUGCUAGCAACAAAAGGCUCUUCUGCAGUAACCCUCCCUUCAGAAAAUGCAUUGAGAAGGCAGGUCCUGCAUUAAGUCCUUCUUACCUAUUCAUUGAAUAAAUGGGCUUUCUACUUUUAAAAAGCCUUCAAGUGCAGCUGGGGCUUAGUGCUACCCAAGCAUGCAUGCUGGAUUUUAGUUUCAAAGCAGGUAUUUCCUCUCCCCCCCCCCCCGCCUCCCAUUUUUUAAUAACGCCUUGUUGAACCAACAGGUUACGUGACAUUUUUGUACUAUGCCUAACACCAGACAGGCAAAUGCACAGCACGAGAGCAUCUCACGUGUUAACUGGAUUGAGGAGCAGGCACUGGAGAGUCAGCUCUCUAUCUCUCGUAGCAUUUUCUUAGGAACACAUUUACAAAGCUAGAAAUACUAUUGACUUCCACGUUACGUCCAAGGUAAGUGUUUAGACCAAAAUUAGCAUAGAGGAACAAGUUCAGUCCUCACUUGUGCUUUUGAAAACGUGUUCUAGCAGUUCCCUCCUGCCCAAAAAGCUGUUGAAGGGAGGCAUUAGAAGAUAUUGUGUAACAAGGUUUGCCUGUGGACCUGGUAUGGUUUGCCUUCCCUGGAUUUAGCAGUUCUAAGUGCACUGUUAUGAAAUGGAUACUAGUCCACGUGGAUGAAGCAAAAAAUAGGAAGUGAAAGCAGUCAAGGAAUUGAUUUUAAAGUGGCUGGACACAAGGACCAUGUUCUAAAGUGUUGCCCUAAUUUAGAGCAACUCAGUUGCAUUUUAUUUAAGCAGUCUUGCUCCCAUCAUCACAGCUAGCUACCUAUGAUUGAGGCUACUGGACUGUAGCCAUAGUAUACUGUCUCCCCCUGUCUCUAGAGAGGGGAAAACGUUAUGAUUUCAUUGCCUGCUGAAUGUCUCAUGAUAAAUCUCCACUUAGGAGUCUUGGCAGGAAUUUCUUGUGAAACGAAGAUGUAAAUAAGAGUUAAUUUGUAAUUGCAUCUGUAAUUAAUUUAUAAAUAGGAAUUCAUUUGCAAUGCAUUUCCUUUUUAUGUAAAUAAGCAUGGCAUUUUCUACAUUUGUAUUAUAAGGAACUUUGUAAUUUCUCACUUUACAGGAAUCAAACAGUGGUAAAAUCUUUUGACAUUUUUUCAGAUGGAUGGAAAAUAGUACUGUAAUAUUCAUGACAUAACCAGACAAUGAAUUCAAAUAGUGUUUAAACCUGCACAUUAGUUUCUACUGAAGCAUGUAUUAGUUACAAGCGCUGGAGCCCCUGUUAUAAAGGCAAGUGUUGUAUCUAAGGGUACAAAGGAAGCAUGUACAUUUUUUGAAAAGUUGUGGAAAUGAAACGGCCUGUGGCUUUUGCUAUUGCCUUUAUUUUAAGCAAUGCUGUGAGUGGGAACCUGUGUAGGGUUCUUUACACUACUUUCAAUACAUUAAUCACUUUGCAUGCAAAUAAAUCUGCUUCUAUGCCCAUCCAUAAGACUGCACUUCUUUUCCUUAGUAAUGCAGAAAUUAUUACUAACACUUAGUUUCAGUUAUGCACAAGCAGUAUUCACACCUGAACUGCUCAUUGCACAGGAGCUAAACUUUGUUCCCAAAAGGACACAAUGAGUGACUUGCUAAGCGCCAUUCUGUACAUUCUCUGGAAAUACCUUUCAAGGUAACGGGCCAAUGAAAGAUGAAUGAGACUACUUUGAAUCUUGUAGAGACAUUUAACAAGUCAAGGUAACCGCUAAUUCUUUUAUUGGGGAAUGCUUUUAUUGUCCCCACGCCCAGAUUUGCUUUUUCUACGUAUCUACCAAGUAUUUGGAUACAGUGAAUAAUCUAUACACUGACUGCAAUUCAAAGUGGGUAAAGGUGAACCCAAGCCAUUGAAAUUUAAGUUUGGCUUUAAUUCAAUUAAAGGCAUAACUUGAUUUUUUUGUUUGAAGACGGUGUUGUUGUUUCACACACAGUUCAUAAAUCAAUAAAGUAUAUGCACAUCCAAAGCACCAUAACCUGGAAAAACCUGAAACACAACUUUGAAACUGCCAACAUUGCUUAAUUUUGUGCUAGCAUCAAUUCAUUGUUACUAAUUAAUUUUCAGCCCCACAUCAUAGCUCAGUUGGUAGAGCAUGAUACUAUCAUGGGUUCAAGCCCCCCCCCCCCAAUUGGGCAAGAUUACUGCAUUGCAGGGGGUUGGACUAGAUGACCCUCUUUGUCCCUUCCAUCGCUACAAAUCUAUGAUGAUCACUAUUAUUAGCAUGUACAAGUGUACACAAGUGGCAUGUACACCUCAUUACUAUUUUGUUCAUGGUGAUGAGAGGUGAGCAUAUGCUAUCUCCACAUUCCAGGAGGAAAAGAUGCCACUCUUAAAUUCACUCACUGCUUUUUGAAAAAAGUUUAAAAAAAAAGUUUGGGGUUCUGGAUUCAUUACCGCCAAGCCAGAACUCUUGGCUGGUAUAACUUUCUUAGCAAGGGCACAAGUGACUUUUAACACAAUAGAAGAGAAUGGUUUUAAAUUACACUAGGCCGUACAGCUGCAGCACUGAACUGCUCUGGGACAGCGGCUGCUCUUCGUGUCCUUCCUGAACCAUUGUAAUGUAGUCAAGCUGGAAUUUGAGUCUGGGCCCAUAGCAUGCUGAGCCCACACAAAUCUAAAGAUGCUUGGGGAAGGGGGAGAUAUUACAUAAUAGUCAAACUUUGUAGCCCCACUUAAAUCAAUGGAUAAUCUAAUAAUUUACUUAGCUGGAUACCACCCAUUAUGUAAACUUUUAACAACUCUAAACAGGAUUGGUCUUAGACAAUAUAUGACAUAGCUGCCUAGCCAUGAAAUGUUAGAAAAGCCAUUCUGAAUUCUACAUUUCUCCUGACUUUUGAGUAGAACACUCAGCUGCUUUUGACUCAAAUAAGUGUGCUGUUACAACAUACUCUUAACACUAUUGGAAAGCAGUGUGUGGGUUUGUUUUUAAAAGGCUUUAAUAUUUCAUUUUGUAUAGUACUGCAAUAACCACUAUAAUUAUUUCCCACACUGCAUAUGAAACCCUUCAAUUGCCCUCUAAAACAAUCUCACUAAGGCAUCAAAAUACAAAUAGAGGCAGCUAAAUUGUUUUCAUGCAUCACUGUCAAAAUGGUGUUUCGGGUUUUUUGGUGGAAAGACUAACCCUUCCCUGUCAACAUUCACACACUGAGUCCUGGAGCGUUUAUCUCGAAGAUAAAAUCACACAAGAUACUGCCCAGAGGCGAUCUUCUUUGAUAUUUCACAUUCAACACUACUGCCAAGUUACUAACAGCUUAGUGUGAUCAUUCUGAAAUGUUUGGGGUGUUUUUUUUCCCUAUUUCAUUGAUCCUGCCCUACGUAAAUAUUUUAUGACCUGUCUGUGGCUUCUGAUGUUUUUAACAAAAUACAUUGGACAGCGAGCUUAAAAGAAAGACAGAAGAUAAUGGAAAAUACUACACUAACUUAGGUACAGUCCUCCUCUUCUAACUUAGAAUCACGUGUAUUUAAAAGCAGGAAUACUCUUUAAAAGAAGCUAUGCAUUCUACUCUCCAGUAACACAACUGGACCAUGAGAACACCUACAAAAACAUCAGUAGAAUGAAUAUUGCCAGUCAUCCUUAUUGCACUAGCCUUUGUGAAAUGGGAAAUAUUUUGUAAGACAUCCUGUGAUACCUGUAUUUGGCACCUGGUAUAAUACAGAGCAUGGGCAAACGAACAAAAGCCUUCUGUUGCUUUCUCAAUUUAACCACUGCCUUGGGUGAUGGAGGGAAGUGAUGUGCAAAUAACCUACUGGUGAUGCCUUGAAUAUAGUAAUAUAAUUAUGCAGAGUAGAUGAUGUCAUAGAACUGUAACAGCAUUUAGACAUUGCAUCUUAAGUAUUUUUUCAUUUUCAGUUGCAGCGCUCUGUAUGCAAAAACAAAUCAAGCAACUGUCAGUGCAUUAAGGGUAACAAAAGAUUUGGGUUGAAACUUACCUACCAGGAAAGCUGAUACAUGUGUUGGCUUCUACUUCAAGUCUUACCAUAGUUAUCUGGUUGGCCACUGGGAGAACAGGGUAUUGGGUUUAGCUAGGCCUUUGAUCUGUUCCAGCAGCGCUCUUACCUAACGCAAAGAAAAAGCCCAUUCGUGCAACUCUUCUCCCGCCAGAGAGCACACACAGUUUCAUCUCCAUAUAGAAACAUCAUGUAGCCUUGAGCAGUUGCAUGACCACUUACGGACAGAUAACAUUUAUUAAAGAAGUUCAAGCAACUGAGUGCAAGCGUUACUUGCCCACAGAAACUGGCUAGCUCAUGUACCUAAGUUAAUUAGUGGCACUUCAGCAGCCUGUGGGGGAAACUACCAGCGAUUUACAGAGGUUUCCAUACAUGUCCCUUGGAGACAAAUAGUCCAUUUGGCUAAUUAGAAGCCUGCACAAGCUUUUGCAUAAUUGGUCUGAAGAAAAGCCUCACACUGUACUUUCUGAUUACUGGCUCAUUUCUCUUUCAUUAGCAAGAUCUUAACAAAAAAGAUUUAAUUGCAUUAGCUCUACUUAAAAUUGAUGUAUCUUGAUUAAUGAACACAUUGGUAUUAUCAGAAUUUUUAAAUGGUAGAAAAAUCAGUAAUUGGGGGUGGGGUGGGGACAAGCCAGCAGUUCCAGAGGAGAAACACAUAUAUACUAUACAGAAAAUAGUCCAAACUGGGUGAAUGAACUGCAAUGGGAGUUCUUAAUCGCUAACUAAACGGAUUUCUAAAUUAGGGUGUUUAGUAAAAUGGGGUUCCCAAGAUUUUGCCAUUGCUUUUAAGGAAAAUCGAUUUGACAAUUUGAUGUAAUUAGUCUAUUCAAAUCAAAAUAGUAGAUUUUCUGUGGGGAAUCAGAGAUACACAUGUUCAGGAACAAAACCUGGUACACAUCACCCCUGCAAUCAUUGGUUAUACAGUGGUGCCUCGCAAGACGAAAUUAAUUCGUUCCGCAAGUCUCUUCGUCUUGCGAGUUUUUCGUCUUGCGAUGCACGGUUUCCCAUAGGAAUGCAUUGAAAAUCAAUUAAUGCGUUCCUAGGAAACCGCCUUCAGACCAGGUCCGGGGACAGUCUGUCCCCGGACCUCUUCUGAAGGCUGGGGGGGGG